AGGACAAACAAGGACAGGGAGCCCGAGCAGCAGGUAACCGGCACCUGGGGGCCAACACUGGGGGCCACAGCCCGGGGAGGGCCAAUACCUGGGGUCCCUGGACUGUCACAUUAACCCCUCCACUGCCAGAGCUCAGACUGUCACAUUAACCCCUCCACUGCCAGAGCUCAGACUGUCACAUUAACCCCUCCACUGCCAGAGCCCAGACUGUCACAUUAACCCCUCCACUGCCAGAGCCCAGACUGUCACAUUAACCCCUCCACUGCCAGAGCCCAGACUGUCACAUUAACCCCUCCACUGCCAGAGCCCAGGCUGACACAUUAACCCCUCCACUGCCAGAGCUCAGGCUGUCACAUUAACCCCUCCACUGCCAGAGCCCAGACUGUCACAUUAACCCCUCCACUGCCAGAGCCCAGACUGUCACAUUAACCCCUCCACUGCCAGAGAUCAGACUGUCACAUUAACCCCUCCACUGCCAGAGCUCAGACUGUCACAUUAACCCCUCCACUGCCAGAGCCCAGACUGUCACAUUAACCCCUCCACUGCCGGAGCCCAGACUGUCACAUUAACCCCUCCACUGCCGGAGCUCAGACUGUCACAUUAACCCCUCCACUGCCGGAGCUCAGACUGUCACAUUAACCCCUCCACUGCCGGAGCUCAGACUGUCACAUUAACCCCUCCACUGCCGGAGCUCAGACUGUCACAUUAACCCCUCCACUGCCAGAGCCCAGACUGUGACAUUAACCCCUCCACUGCCGGAGCUCAGACUGUCACAUUAACCCCUCCAAUGCCGGAGCCCAGACUGUCACAUUAAUCCCUCCACUGCCGGGGCUCAGACUGACACAUUAACCCCUCCACUGCCAGAGCCCAGACUGUGACAUUAAUCCCUCCACUGCCAGAGCUCAGACUGUCACAUUAACCCCUCCACUGCCAGAGCCCAGACUGUGACAUUAACCCCUCCACUGCCAGAGCUCAGACUGACACAUUAAUCCCUACACUGCCACAGCUCAGGGCUAGACUGUCACAUUAACCCCUCCACUGCCAGAGCCCAGACUGUCACAUUAACCCCUCCACUGCCAGAGCUCAGACUGACACAUUAAUCCCUACACUGCCACAGCUCAGGGCUAGACUGUCACAUUAACCUUGCCUGGGGGUUUUGAGCUGAUCCAUGCAAUACUAUUGUACUGUAUAAUGUCAGUAAAUCAUUACAUUAUUGCAAGAAAGUAUUAAUAUUUUAUGGAUAAUGAUGUUUUAAAAAAAAAAAAUAAAUUUUGUGCAACAAAUUUCACAAUAUUGUCUGUGUGGGGAGGUUGCAUAUUGCCUUCCAAAGCUAACUGCAGUUUUGAUUGAUAUGUUUUUGCUGGAUAUUGGCACUAGGUCCUUGACUAAUUAAGUUGGUCUUUGUUUGUGUAACUACACAUUGAUCACUAGUUGAUCUGCCUUGUAAUGGUCACCCCUCUGACACCAUGAGACUUCUCCUGUAUAACAGAUUUUCUGUUUGGUUUUAUAUCUAAUAAUGCGCUUUGAUUAGUGGGUCCUUGAAUUGAUUUUAUAAUUAAAGCACAGCUUAUUAAGCCAGUGUCAUGUACGUUGUUUGGUCCAGGUCAAGAGACAUAACAGACUCACUCUAGAGUUUAAAGGAGCAUUCUGUACAUCAUAACCAUUCUGUGCUAAUGUGAUAGUUAUCUUGCGAUUCCGUGUUACACGUCAUCACCCUGUUAUUAAACAAGCCAUUAUUGCGUGACUUCAUCAAAACAUGGGGUCCCCAAGACACCUGCACCUGAAUCUUUGGAUCCACAGUUCGUCCUCUGCAUUAGUGAUAUUUCGUCAUAUUUUAACUCCAUUCAUGGAACAACUUACACGGUUUUGGUCAAAGUGCUCGAAAACUGUUUGACCCAGAAGUGGGUGAUGGCGCCAACAUUCAAAUGGCUCUGCAGUGAUCAGACAACAGAGUGGUUAAUUUUAGUGCAACGUAGGCGAAUUGGAAAAAUAACCAAAUGGUUGGGAAUUCCAAACUGGAUACUUAAUUUCCUUGUGUGUACAUGCUGAUUGAAAGGAAAUGUCAGCUUUUAAUGGAACCUCAUGUUUUCAAUGCUUUCUGGAAAUAAUGCAUAGAAAUUGAAAAGUUGUUCUGAACUGAAUUCCCCUAAUUUCUGGAAAUCUUUAGGUUUUCCGGGACCUUAGAAAUGGAGGAGAUAUUGUAGCCAAUUGGAUCUGCAAUUCAGUAUAACCAAAAGGCAAUAUGUGGGCCCCAAGGAGGACAGACUGAAUGACAACCUCCUUUGCCCAGCUGACUCAAUGUCCUUGUGUUAUUGUGAGCUGUGUGUGUGAAUCCAAUGAUGCGCUUUCUGCAGACAUAUCCCUAGUGUCCCCAGCUACAACUGUGACUGCAGGAUUGUCCAGCCUAACCCAGGCCUUUUGGGAGGCGAUACAAUUUCAUUCACUACUUUUGUUUACAAAAUACAUGAAUGAAUUCAGUGCAGAAGCCACCAGUACCUAAUUUAAUAGUUUGCUGUACAGUUACUUUUUUGUCCCCUCUCCCCUCCAUGAUGCAAUUGAGGCACAUGGCUGCAGUACAAGCUCCCUCAUAGCAAUUGAUGAGUAAGUGGGGACAGAUUAGUUAGGGGCAGGAGGAAGCUCAGUAGGCAGUAAUAUGCCAUCAGGAAGUGAGUCCUGAUUUUUAGACCCAAAUCUUGGUCAUCACUCCCUCCGUGUCACUACGACAAGCAUGGAGUUAGUAGAAAUGCACUGAACAUGACAAUUUGAUAUUAAUAUGGUGCUUCAUUUAAAAUAGCUUUCUAGUUUGGGCUAAUGCCUCUCAAAUGCUUUGUGGUUGGUAGUUUCAUUUAAAAAAAAAAAAGGUUUUGUAGAGGGAGAAAGCUUUUUGCCAAUUAUUGGCAGAGUAUGUGGCACCAGAAGGCUUACAUUGGGCAUAAAGGAUAAAUUUUAGUGAAUACAAAGCUGAACUGCAAAAUUCAGGAUUAACAAGUGAAGCUGUCAAUACUAUAGCAGUGUUAACACUUUUCCAGAUCGUCAGUUUUUGUCCAAAUUUUGCCAUUCAGAUUAGAAUUCACUUUCAUUUUCACUGUCACAAGGGAACACCUUGCCAAACCCUUUAAACAGGUCGGGUUUAUUUAUACUUCAUGAAAUUGAAUAGAUCUCUGAAAUAAGUUGCAAGGUGAGUGAUUGGUUGUAAAAAAGGCAUCGUUGAAUUAUUGGGAUAGUAACGAAUACCCAGUGAUGUAUCGUACUGAUUACCAAUGAGACGUGGGUUUGUCUUGCUUUGCAUAGAGCUUAGUGUAUUUAAUUUUAGUCUGGGUAAUAAAAUUCACUAAUGUACACUACAUUUAGGCUUCUAAACGCGAUAUUGUUACAAGGUGGCUGUGUGGACCCUCCCUUGGCUAGCUCAUUAUGUUUUAUUAAACGUCUACCUCUAAGCUCACAGAUAAUAUUGUCCUGUUUCAUAGUGUUUAGAAGUACUUGGUUUCUUUAUGCAUUGAUGAAGGUAAACAGGGUGUAGUUUAGUAUUAUCCAGCCCAGAGUGACCAGGCAAACGUGUUUCCUUGUGACAACAGAUUAAGGUUAAAGAGUCAGAUUAGAUUCUUUCUUUUAAAGGUCUCUUGCACAAUGAGUUAGGGCCCUAGGCAAAGACUAGUUUACAAUGAAUGUCAGCUCUUGUGAUCCUACAUAACAGCUUGCCCAGCUUCAUCUUUUAACGCUCUCCAUUAUAACCAGACGUGUAAUGCAGGCUCAUUUUGUCUCAAUCAGUAAGUAGAAGAGGCAGCUAGGUUAUAUCUGUGUUCAAAGUGUAAGGGGUGGUUUUUAAACAUAUGUUUUAUUUUGAUGAGGGUAGCCUUCUAUGGGCAACCGUGUCACUUUUGCUUUUACAUAGGCAACUAUUAUGAAUAUUGAAAAAUAGGACAAUUUGUGUCUGUCUUUCUGAAUUUUGAUGUAAUGAACAACCACCUGUAAAAGGUUAAAUUAACCUACAUUCCCAGAGCUUUUUUUUUUUUUUUGUCUGCGCUGUAUAGCAGGAAAGGUGACAGGUGAAGGGCAUCACUUUGAUUUGGUCAUUGUUUUACAGGUAUGAAUACAGGCCCACUCUGGACACCUAUCACUUGCAUAUAUUGAUAGUCAGGACAUGCAGAAUGUUAGGAAACAGUCAUUAAUCAAAUAAUUAUCUGGCAUGUUUACUGUAUAAUAUAGGGGAGUCUGUGUAACUCUGCAAUACUCCACACCUGGGCCACGGCUGUUAUCUACAUGAAAAUCUACUUCUAAAAUCCAAAUGAGUCCCAUGCUUACAAGUUAUUUAGGAGACACUCCCCGAGAAUAGAAAAACAUUAAAGGAACAAUAAUUUUUUGUUUAUUAUUAAAAGAAAAUAUUAUAUGUAUUGUAUUGUUUGUUUAAAGCAUGCCUAUAAGUUCAGCAGACCCUCACAGCCGAGAAGCUGUUCUGUACAGUAGGCUUAGCUUAGGAAAUCUAAUGGAAGCUCUUAGCAGGAGCUCUGUGUCCAGGCAGUAACUGGUGCUCAGCAGACCACGGAUAAGAAGAAAAAGUUUUAGCAAAUGGUUUAACUACUUAUAUUUGUUCUAAAAAAAAAAAACACAAACACACACAAGCUAUACUACAUGCAAUCUUCUGUUUUCAAUAAUAAAAACAUGACAACCGUUUUCCGUUAAGAUCUUUGCUGAUGAUGCCUCUCAAGACUUUCUCCAAAGGGUUUACGUUACUUAUUCCACCACAGAGGAAGCAAUUCCCUGUAUACAUCGGCAUCAUAACAAGUCGGCGUUUUAUUCCUACAGGAUGUGGGCAAGCGAUUUGUGGUUGUAAACAUAAAAAUACUGUUUGCAGUAUUAAUAGAAUAUUAAUAACAAUCCACUCACUGCCGCUGCUGAACCUCUUUAUUACGUCUAGUCAGUAAAGUGUUACCUCACCCCAUUUUAAGAGUUAAGGAGACUUGCUAGCAAUAUGUGUAAACCAUCCAGGAAAUUGUCUCCUGCGCGGAUAAUUUAUAGGCCUGAGUAGUACUUUCCAUUGGUGGCGACGUCGCCCACGUGUCACAUUGGAUGGUGUGGACACCGUUGCCAAAACACAGACACCCAAGCACCCACGUGGAGGCUUAGCAGGCAGCUGACUGUCCUAGAAAACAUUCUGUACGGAAACAGAGGCAGGGAACCACGCAAAGUGCAGAUAGACUGAUUGCAAGGGCACAGUGUGUCGGAUAUCAUGCCAACAGUGCAUUCACUGUGCAGUGCUUCCAUGAGAUAUAACAAGGCUUUUUAGGCUUGUUCAUGCACUGGAUAGGACGUGACUCAUUUAAAUAGUUAAUUGUUUUUGUACAGAUGGUGUUUCUCAGGAAAUAUAUUUAUUUAUGGUCUCUGUAAUUGGUUAAUAUUUAUUAAAGGGACACUAUAAGCACCAGAACAACUACAGCUUACAGCACUAGAGAUGCUUCCUGGGGCAGUGCUGCACAGUGUGACUAACAUUCAGUGUCUCCACCCUCUGCAUGGAGUCACUGAACUUUCCUCAUAGAGAUGCAUUGAUUCAAUGUAUCUCUAUGGGGAGAUGCUGAUUGGCCAAGGCAGCAUUUGGCUUCAUCCUUGCCCCACCUCCUUGGCUGAGAUCAUCAGAAUUGACGAGCUCAGCCAAUCCAAUGCUUUCCUAUGCGAUUGGGGUGGAGCCAGCGCAAGCAGACCUGCGUGGCGGUGGAAAUAAGGUGACUUUUUACUGCAUUUAAGGGUGGCCAGGGGAGCUAAUUAGUACGUUUAAAGGGACACUGUAGACAAUCAGACUACUUCAGCUCAUUGAAGUAGUCUGGGUGUUAUGACCCUUUUGCACAUAGUGCUGCAUUGUUUUACCUGUCAAACAGCCAGCCACUAGAGGGCUUUCAGAAUCCAAACUGACUUUUGGUCCGUUAUCUGACGCUUGACGUCCUCACGGACCUCCAGCAUCAGAUUUUCCUCAUAGGAAAGCAUUGAAUGAUGCUUUCCUAUGAGGAGGUCUAAUGCGCGCACGGCCAUUUUCGCGUUGGGUCUCCGCCGCGGACUGACAUCGGUGGGGUAGGGGCAUGGGCGGAGCCUGACCCAGCACCAAGGGGCAUCAGCGCUGGAUUCAGGUAAGUGUCUGAAGGGGUUUUAACCCCUUCAGCCCCGCAGGAGGGGGGGACAGAACAUAUUAACCCUAUAGUGCCAGGAAAACAGCUUUGUUUUCCUGGCACUAUAGGAUCCCUUUAACACUAUAGGUUUAGGAAUGCAUGUUUGUGUUCCUGACCCUAUAGUGUUUUUUUAAGUUUGUACUGAAGAUGGUCUAAAAAGUAUAUUUUUCUCUGCUGAAGGAAAGAUGGAUAAAUCCAUCGCAUUGCUGAAAAUGAUGGUCAGGGUGUAUAAUUUAGCAACAGACGUUCUCCCACCAGAUUGGGGGGGAAAACUAACUAUUUUAAACCCAAUUUUCAAGAAGCAAUACCUUUUUUAUUUUUUUCAUCUGCCAUUAGGUCUCCCCCCGCCGGCUGACGUCAGCAGGGGAGGAGCGUGGACGGAGCCUGACCCAGUGCCAAGGGACAUCGGUGCUGGAUUCAGGUAAGUUACUGAAGCGUUUUAACUCCUUCAGCACCGCGGGUUGGGGGGGGGGAGUACUAAUAGUUUGAGUUUAGUGAACAAUCGUAUGUGAAAUGAGAAGCAUCUUGUGCGUCAUCCAUCAAUAUUACAUCAAUUCAUUGCAGUUUUGACCCAGUAAAAGAAAAUCUGUCUGUUUUUGUUUACCUUUUUAUCGCGACUAGAUUAAUGUGGCUCAAAGUGUUUCACAAUAAAGGAAACCUAAAAUGGGAAGAGAAACCAGACUUAAGUUAAAUGGACACACAUUGAAGCGACCUGGGUGCCUUGAAACAACAUUGGAUGUCCUUGCUCAUUUCGUGAGGAUGACUCCCAUCUUAAAAUCCCACAAAACUAAGCAUUGAUUAAAUGCUUUCAAUAGGGAAGCCUUAAUGCAUGCAUGCGCAUUAGAUCCCACCAUUGUCAUGACAUCACGGAAGGAGGAGACCUAACCAGCGCAGAGGGAGUCGUGGUGCUGUAAAGAGGUAUGUUAAAAAUGGGUUUUAUACCCUUUCAUGAUCGGAGGUGGGGAACUAGGACCAUUUUAGUGUUAGGAAUACAGGUUUGUGUUCCUAAUGCUAUAGAAGUUAUUUAAAGGGAUCCUAAAGUGCCGGGAAAACAAAGCCGUUUUCCUGGCACUAUAGGGUUAGCAGGUGCCCAAACCCCUUUAGCCACUUACCUGAAUCCAGUGCCGAUGUCCCUCGGUGCUGGGUCAGGCUCUGCCCAUGCUCCUCCCCCAACGAUGUCAGCUGGCGGGGGAGACCUAAUGCGCAUGUGUGAAAAUAGCCACGCGCAAUUUAGACAUCCCCAUAGAAAAGCAAAAGUCUGUUUGGAUUCCGGAAGCCCUCUAAUGGCUGUCUGCUAGACAGCCACAGAGGGCAGACUUAGAGCUGCAAUGUAAACAGUGCAAAAAACAGUGGUGCCUACAGUGUCCCUUUAAUAUCAAACAAAUAGAGGGAAUGAUAGGAAGCAUGCAGUAACGGUAAAUUUAUUGUUACUUAUAGUUACUUAGCUGAAUAAAGACUUGCGUCCAUCAAGUUCAGCCUUUCUCACAUAUUUUUUUACUGUCGAUCCAAAAGAAGGCAAAACAAACCUAGUCUGAAGUGCAUCCAAUUUUGCAACAAACUAGUAAGAAAUUCCUUCUUGACGCCAAAAUGGCAGUCAGAUAUUUCGUUUGUUCAAGAAGCUAUUAUCCUACUAAUUAAAAAUGAUAUCCCUGAAUAUUGUUUUUUACAAAUAUUAAAAGCCUUUUAAACGCAAGUUGUUUGAUUGUGAUUAUUACAGCACCUCUAUCGCGGCCAAAAAAUUGCCUUAAGCCCCACCCAUUCUGAGAGAGGAAGAGAUGAAGAGGAACGAUUUGAGAAAUUCAAGUUAAUGUUGCAUCAUGUUAUUGAUUAAAUCAAUCAGUUUGUAAGUUGCACAGUUAGGAAGGUAUUUAGGCAGGCUUGGUGUGUUAGGAGUGAGCAUUGGAAAGACGAGGCGUGUCUCUUCAAGCUCUGAAUAAGAAUGAGCAAGCUGGCCUGGUAUUCAAUACCACUGUAAAGGGAUCAUUUACUGAUACUGGGUAAUAUUUAAUUAUAAAGUAACAGCACGAUAUUGCCCCAUUCGGCAUCAGUAACGGUUACUCCUUCCUAGUGGCCUAGGUGUGUGUGCAUUUUGUAAAGAGCAUACAGUACCAAAAGAAUAGAGCAAAGUAACAUUUUAAACUUUUAAUAUAUACAUCAUUUAUAACAAAAUUCUGAAAUUAGACCAGUAUUUUAUAUUUUCGCUCAAAUUUCAGGGGUUUGUUGGGGGUUUUUCCCCAUCAAUUUUCACCUAUAUGCAAACACAGUUGGAGAGACUUAUCAAAAUGUCACUAAUCCAUUCUGAUGGUCUUUCCACUAUUUAUUCUUUUCUGCACUUUUUUUCUUUUGAGUUACAUUUUGUGUUAUGCAUUUCAAUUAUUAAGCUUUAUACAUCUUUUUUCCUCAUUAAAGUAUUCUCUUUCACAAAUUCUACUGUGGCAGAAAAAGACAGAUUACACUUAUCAGAAUACUUUGUAAUUGAACUCCCUUUAAACACACACACUAUCCUACCCCUUUCCCAAUUCUUUUUAUCAUUACUUUGAUCACAGAAACCCCUUUAUUUUGGGACAUAAUGUGACCAAUAGUGAGCCUAUGGCAUAAGAUUGAUUUGUCGAAAAUGUCUCCUAGAAAUUGGCGAGGACCUCCUUAAGUUAGUCUGUUAGAAUGUAUGUAUAUCAUUUCUUUUCAAUAUAAUUUGUUGUACCUGCCCUCCCUACCUGCUCUUCAUUUAAUUAAACUUGGCACACCCUAUGGAGGUACAUGUCUGCUUAACAAGUUCAAGCACAGACCGUGAUGAUGAUGAUUGCCCUUAAGGGUGCAAUUACUCAAGUGAUAACGCUUUGAGUCAUGAAAGAUAUGUGAGAAUAAGGUGAGAGGUUGCAUAACAUGUGCCUGACAUGUCUUUAGAUGUUUUAUUUCAUCAGUGUUUGUAGUUUUUAUGUCAAAAUAGAACGAGUAAAUGUUAAAUAACAAAGGCUAGGAAUAACAGAGACUGCAAUAUCGUGCAUCGAAUUAGGACUGAGAAAACAGUGUUAAUACAUUCUUUAACCGAUCAGUCUUCAUUCUUGUGGGCAGUACAUGAAAAGUGCUGUUACACAAUGAGCAGGAUCCCUGCACUGCUAGAAGUUAGUAAAUCAAGGCGGAAUCCCAAAGGCACAUCAAUUUAUUUCUAGUCUGCGUGAUAUAAAUUCUGGUUAUUCAGUAGGAACACCUGAAUCGUGGAUCUGGAAACUUUAAGGAAAUCCCCAAAUUCUAUAUUGUUUCCAAAAUGAACUCAAGUCCAGAAAGGAACCAUAAUGCCAUGGGCAGAGACCUUUGACAGAUGUCCCUCAGGUCAUCCAGACAAUCUGACCAUGCGCGGUGCAUAUGGGAGUCUUUCAGCUCCCAUUGCGUUUUUGUUCCCAGUAUUGACAGUGAGUAAUAAUAUGAUGCUUAUUAUCUCGUGGCAGCUGUCCUAACAAACUAACAACUGAUUACACAGAAAUGAGCUAAAUUCUCUAUUCAUUUUUCUAUAUAGAUUGUUUAACUGAAUAAAUUAACAAUGGCCUCCUACUUUCUACUUGGUUGUUAAAACCACACAGUAUGUUAAAUGCUACAUUGAAGGCACAAGGCUAUCCCCUUUCCUUUAUUUGUUUAUUUUUUCAUCCGUAUCCUAGAUGUUUUAUUCAAUAUGUCAGAGAAAUGGUGGCAUGAGACACUACAUGUUUUAAUAACCUACGGUUUUUGGGAGCGUUUCACUUUUGAACUGAUCUUGGGUUUUUUUUACCAUGAAAGUUGGUCAGGUUUAUCUGCAUUUUUAAGGAGAUUAACACUACUGGAAAUGUAACAUAUUGCUAAACAGCUCGAUUUGUAUUAUUCCUUACUCCUGAUUAUGAAUUGAAUUAUUAUUGAAACUAUUUAUAAAACAAGCAGAGGGGUGUAUAAAAUCUCUUUAGUUUUGCCAACAGAAUUGAAUGAGUGCUGCCAUUUUAAAUAAUUUAUAGUCAACAGCCUUACGAAUGUAAUGCCUGCGGGGAGUGAAGUUCUUCCAAUGUUAAAUACGUGUGAUUAACUAUGUUGUUAUCGAAAUGGAUCAGAUUGUGAAUACAGCAUAUUAUGAGACAAAGGUGUUGAAGUAAAAAUUUUCUCCAAUAGAAAAUAAUUUUAAGGGGUAUUAUAAAGAUCUUAACCAGUACAGCUUAUUGUAAUGAUGAGCAGUUUUUUCUCAUUUGUGCUAAACUGUUUAUCUGUGAUUUGGGGAACAAAGUUGGCUGGGCUGCUAUGGACCUAAUUUUCUGCUUUAGCCUGUCCAACUUUGGGCGCCAUAUUAGACUCCGAGGACUUGGGGAGCCUGCCAUUGCUGCUCAAAGUAAAAUUUUCAUACCAACAGCAGAGAUUAAGAGAGAUAAAUUUUUUUGUAAAGGCACUUGAAACGUUUUGAAACAAGCUGUGGGGACAGAUUCUGAUGAUUGUACAAUGGUCUGCAGUGGUUAUGGGUUGUAAAGUGUGUAUUUGACAUUUUAAUAUGUACACUUAGUGGCCGCUUUGUUAGGUACACCUUUAGAAUAUUGGGCAGGAUCCUUCUUGACCCUAGAAAAACCUAAAUUCUUUGUGCUAUGGGUUCAACAAAUGGUUGGAAACAUUUUGCUGAGGUCCUGGAUGUUGUUGACUUGACACCAUCACACAGCUGCUGCAGGUUUGUCAUCUUUAAAUUCAUGGUGUGAUCUCCCAUUCACCACAUCCCAAAGGCAGCGUGUUGGAUUGAGAUCUGGUGGCUGCUGAGACUGUUCACGUGGACUGGACUAUUGUCUGUGUUUGUAGAACCGGCUUGACAUACUUUGUGGCAUGUUGCUUUAUCCUGCUAAAAGUAGCCAUUAGAAGAUGGGUAGAAUGUGGAAUUUCAAUGAUUCUCAGUUGGAAUGAAAAAGUCUAGUGUUUUCCCCCCAAAAUAUUCCCGACUGUUACACCAACAAAAGCCUGUACUGUUAAAACAACACAGGGUGAAUUUAUGCUGUUCCGACCCUACUGUCUGAAUGUCACAGCAGAAACUGAGAAUUGCCACAUCACUUGACGUUUUUCCAACCUCACUGUUUAGCUUUGGAGCUGCUGUGAAUACCGUAGCCUCCGUUUCCUGUCUUUAGAUGACGUUAGAACCUGCUGUGGUCUUUUGAUGUUCUAGCCCUUCUUCCACUUCAAGGUUGAACAUUUUGAGUGUUUGGAGAUCCUUUACGUAGCACUGCUAAUGUGUGGUUAUUUCAUUUUCUGUCUGCUUGAACCAGGCUGGCCCUCUCCCAUUAACAGGCAUUCUCUCCAACAGAGCUGACACUCACUGGAUACUUUUAGUUUUUCUCAGAAUUCUCUUUGAACUCUAGAGUGGUGUGAGUGAAAAUCCCUGGAGAUCAUUUUUUUUCUGAGAUACUCAGACCACCACGUUUGGCAUUGGCAAUCCACGGUAAAGUUAAUUAGAGCACGUUUCUCCUUCUGAUCUUUGGUUUAAAUAUUAAAUGAACCUCCUGAAUGUGUCUGCAUGUUAUAUGCAUUGUGCUGCUGCCUUAUAGAUGGCUGGUAGAUGUUUGUGUCAACGAGUAGGUAUAACUAAUAAAGAAGCCAGUGAAGACACAUUUACUGUGACAGAAAUUAUUUUUAUAUUUCAGAGGACAAAUUUAAAUUUACAGAGAAUCUGGAAACAUGGCCUGGACAUUGUGUGUUUUGUACAAUCUACUGCCUUGUACGUGUAAUUCGAAGAAUAACGUUGAUGUGGCUUUUAGGGGCAUUAACGGAGGUUCUGUCUUACAAUGCAUUAUCGAGGUCUGCCAGUAAAGGCCAUGGCUGCUGGUAUUGUAGCUCAAUAUCGUUUCCUUCUUUUUUUGGAAAAGGUUUCACAUUCCUUCUGUGUCAAAGUAUUUCUUACCCGUUGUAUCGUAAGGCAAGCUUUCUUCAAUACUGUACAGGGAGUGUUAAUGUGUCUUCCACAUUCUUAACUCCAGAGGUAGGUGAUACUUACAAAAUCAUUUAGGACAGGAUAGGAGGAUUGUGCUGGUCACACCGCUCUCGUUUAAAUAACUUUUUAUAUUUAUUUUAAACUUGUAUCCAUCUGCUGUCGACAUAAUAUAUCAAUUGCAUGUAUGACGUCUGCUUGUUCUUUACAAAUCCAUGUGUUUCCAUAAUGGCGAGUUUGUCAGUGACAGCUGACUUGCGAUCACUUAGAGACAUUUUAGACAGAUCUGCCUCUCCUGAACCUCCAUAAUCCUCAUACUGAUAAAACUACACAGCUCCAUAACUUCACAAGGUCUCUCACCCCAGUUGGAUCAGGGGCCCCAAAUCAGUGCUGUCAGACUGGAUUUGGGAAUUUGGGCUCUAGAACGGUUUGUCAUAUUUAGGUAUUUUCUUGUGGUCCUGAGGAGGCUCAGAACAAGCAAAGAAAUGAUUUGAUUGUUGGUUUUCACCGCGCUAUUCAACUAUGGUGGUUCUGGUGCUUAGUGGUCUUCUUUAAACGAGCAUGAUAUUACCAACUUGCCAUUAUUUAGUAAACAAAAUCCCACUUUAUUGUUAUUUAGUUGUGAUGCCAUAUUUAUGCCACUGUAUAUAAUGAUCGGGAAGAGAUUUUCUGUAACACCUGCUAAGUAAAAAGCUGCUGUAGCACACAGAAUAAUAUGUAUAGUGAGAAUUGGGGUAGAUGGCUUCAGAUAUCCCUAAUUUGUUUCAAAAUUACGGCAUGUAACACAGACAUAUUGUUAAAUGAUAUACAUUAUGCAUGAGCCCUUCUGUCUCAGAGACUUUGUUGGAUAAGAAGAAACUCUAGUCUUGUGUUUACAAUAUAAACCACUGUUUGGAAAAGCCAUUAUUUUUCUCUGAGUGGGGCUGUAGUAGACCUCUAAGUUGUUAUGGUGCCAUCCUGCUGUUAAAGUAGUGCUGUUUUUUUUUUUCCUGUUUUUUUUCUUUCACUUAACUCUACCCCCCUCCCCUCCAAUCAUCGCAAUGCUCCAGGACUAAUUAUUCAGUUUUCAGAAUCAUUAAUUUAAUCUGUUCCAGUCCAGAGGCCCUAGUAACUGUCUGUCCGCCACGGGUAACCAUGGAAAUUGCGAAAUGGAAACCAUGCCAUUUCUCAGAAAUGUCUUGAAGAGUAGGGCUGCAGGGGCAGCAUCAGUGCCCCCAAAUCACUUAAUUGAAAGGAACACUAUAGAGUUAGGAUUACAAAACUGUAUUCCUAAUGCUGUAGUAUGCCCCUGUCCCUAACUUUAUGUCCUCCCCCCACACACAAUUAUUUUAAUUCCAGAGCUGAGGUCCCUUGGAUUUGGAUCGGUCUCCUCCUCAAGCAACGUCAUGGCGAUGAAGGACCUAAUGCGCAUUUGCAGAGCUUUAAGGGGACAGGGGCACUUCAAUGAGAUGAAAUGGUGUGGGUUCUUAUAGUCUCCCUUUAAGAGGAAGUGAUUCAGUGCUUUGUGUGUCAUUUUAAAGAACCACUAAAGGUACCCAGACCUCUUCAUGUCAAUGUUCUGGGUGCGGUUGUCAUUUAAUUUUAACCCUGCAAUAUAAAGUAUUGUCCUUUAGUAAAUACAACAUUGCUUACAUUGCUGGAGUAAAUACACCUCUAGUGCCCUGCUUUCUUCCUGACAGCCACUAGAGGCGUUUAGCUGUGAGAACAGAGUUAAACUAGGUUCUCACAGCUAACCUCCAAUAGGAGAUUAGAUCAGCACUGCUGCGCAUGUGCUUUUAUUCUCCAAUGCUAAAGGUAUACUAUAGGCACCAAAACCAAGUUAGCUUAGUGAAGCCGUUUUGGUGUAUAGAUUGUACCCUGUUGUCUCUCUGCUCAAAUUUCCAUCACAGCUAUAGUCACUGAUGGUCUGUGUUAGCUCAGAUUUCUCCAUUCAUAUUUUAAUUUGCUACAAAAGCGAGAUCUAAUGAAUAAAACCCUCUUCCCCCCCCCGAAUUAAAUUCAGAUUUAGAUAAUAACCGUGUCUGUGUGUCAUUAGUCAUCUAUAGCCACUCAGCGUGUUCCCUCUAUUAUUGGCUUACUCCAGGUUCACACUGUUGGUAGCUGAGGACAGACCCGGAUCGCUAAGUCUGGGUGAGAAGAUAAGGGAGUCAUCGUCAUGAUCUCAUCCUGUGAAAAUCGUUUAUGCAACUUGUUGCUAAUUUCCCAAUACUUUAUCAGUCAUAUGAUCUUGGCAGUGAUAAAUUCUGUUAGCCUAUGAUAACCUCACUUUUUAAAGUUAGGCCUGCAUUUGCCAGAGAAAAACUCAUCUUUUAUUUUAUUUAAAUUGUAAUUGAAUGGAUAACAUUCUAGUUAUAAAGAAAAAACAUAUUAUUGUUUAAGAUUUAGCUUAAUCUCAAGUCUGAUUGUCUAACGUAUAGGAAUUACCAUUUUUUCUAUACGUACAUGUUCUUGCUGGGCCAGCCGGUGUUUGUAGGAUUUUGCCUGAAAAUCACAACCACUUCCUGGUUCCUGCAGAAACGGCAGAGAUUUGCUGCAAACUAUUGGCAUUUCUAGUUUAAUAUCUUUAAUAUCGCACUAUGCGAUUAUUGGGUAAAACCCUGGACCCCAAUUUUUUUCAGAAACGUAUGCAACAUUUGGUGGGGCAGCCUCCGUUUCGGACUUGUGUUUCGCUGUCCAAGAAGCAGGGAGCCAGAGAACAUCUUGUUCACGCUCAGAUGGAUUGUUUAAAUCUUGGCGAUAUGGAAUAAGCACAGAUAUCUCUAUAAAAUUGUGAUGUUUUAUUUCUAAUAUUGCAAAGGAAGAUAUAUUUCUCCCCUAUUGAUUCCCACCAUAACAGAGAUUGACAGGUGUUUUUUCCUGAUUCUGUUUGUAAAGUUUGGGGAUUCUGAUGAAUUUUCUGGCAGAUAUUUUCUCUUUCUUUGCAAAAUGGUUUGACACAGAUUCAGUAAUAUUUCCUGCACUUAUGUCUCCCUCAAUCUUUAACCAUCAGCUUUCCUGCCUUUUGUAAUGAAGCUCCUUGUCCCAGUGAGUACAUGGUAAUUAGAAUGUGAUGGCACGAGAUGUUUAUCGAACAGUUAAACAUUGCUAAAUAAUGUCACAGAGUUUAAAGAGACCUUAGGACCCACAUCCUGCCGUGUGCGUAUUGCUCAGAUAAUUCCCUGUGUCACGAGUUCACUGCAUUUCAUUAUGUUCACUAUUCACAGUCUGUCCGACUGAGUGUGGCUUCCAGCUCAGGGAAGUGUAAGACACUUGUGGUCGGUGAGUUGAGUUUUCUACGUACUAGCAUUGUGUUUUUCUUUUUCAGUCAUCUGAUUAAAUGCAUUUCCAGAAAUGACUGUGACUGAUACUUGAUAAAGUUGGCUUGUAGGUAACAAUGCACCAAUGGGUACCACUUGGUUACAUCUCGUAUAAACAGAAAAUAGGCAACAGACAAUCCUGGGGCAGCGCCUUGAAAGCUUCAACACUUUUUUUUUUUUAAAGAAAUCUUUAUUUUUGUCGUGCUUGAGAUUAACCAUACAUGUAAUCGGUCAAAUAAGGUAGUCAAAGCAGUGAUAAGAAGAUCAUCAUUUUAGUUUCAUGGCACAUUUUUCUUACAGACAGGAGGGAACUGUCCUAGAACGUUGGUGUGGGUAAUACAAUGUAGUGUUAGGAUGGUAACUCGGGUUGUCUAGGGUGUUUAGGUAUCUAUGCGUCGGUGGGUAUCUGUAGGUGUGUCGCGCAUGUGCUGUGGUAGUAUGUCAUGGUGGUUCGUGUUGCUCGUGAGCCUCUGGCUGGCCUGUUUUCGGGGGCCGGUUAUGUGGAUAUAUGUACGUGGGUGGGCAGGCUGGGAACAGUUAAUUGGUCUUUGGUUAGGUUGUUGAGUGGCCAGAAAGAGGUCUGGUGCGAGUGGAUACCCCAGUGCCUAAGGCUCGUGGGGGGUGAGGGGGUUGUGGUGAUUGUGUGAGUGUGGCACCUGUGUGGGCAUGUGUUCUGACGUGUCUGGUCUGGUUGGUGUGUGCUAUGGUUCACUUGCUACUCAUAGGAGCCUGUAGUUGACCUGUCGUGAGGUGCUGGAUAUGGGGAACAUGCAGUGUCUGGCUAAAUAUAGUGUUAAAAAAAAGACAAUUAUUAUCAAACAUUAUGUAAACAAUAAAAACGAGCUAACAGGUGUGGUCCUUUGCCUUGCGCCCUGCAUUCUUGGGGCCUUAGUAUUUCUAUUCCGAGUGUUCAAGUCCCUGGGGCAGUGCUUGUUGCAGCACUCGGCACAAAUGUGAUGGCAUUAUUAGGGUUUAGCGUCUCUGUAGGAGCUUGUGCAGCUGGUGUGGUAUUGGGUGUGGAGAGGCCCAAUGCUGCCAGGAACGCUGGUGUUUCCAUGUGGGACCGAAGUAUGUAUGUAGCUCCGUUGCGGUUCGCUAGUAGGGUAACCUGGUUUCCCCAGCGGUAAGUCACACCUGAGGAUCGGAGGUGGGUAGUGACUGGGCCCAGGGUUCUGCGCCAUCGCAAUGUUGCCCUGGAUAGAUCGUUGAAGAAGUUAAGUGAGGAGUCUUCAAAAGUCAGUGGGGUUUUCUCCCGCAAUGCUGCCAUGAUGUGGGCUUUAUCCAACGUCCAGGUGCAUCUAAUUAUGACGUCUCUCGACUCUGUUGAAGAGGAUUUAGCCAUGCUUGUGAUCCGGAAUAUGUUGUUCAGGGUAAUUUUCUUGGCCACCGGGGGAGAGAGGAUGGAGGUAAGCAGCCUCCUGACGUAGUGUGGCAGUUCCUCAGCCACUACUGUGGCGGGUAUGCCGCGUGUCUUUAUAUUAUUGCGGCGCUGUUGGUCCUCAAGGGCAGUCAGGCAUUGGGACAGGUUGUAAUAGUAAGUGUGGAGUUGCGGGAUCUCACCGUUCAGGUGAAUCACUGUGGUUCUGACAUCUGUGAUGUCUUCUUCUAUCGCCUGAAUGCGUGUAGUAUUAGCCUGGAUCUCCGUUCCUAGGGGCACCAGGUCAGCUGCCAUCAUUUUGCGUAGGAGGAUUUUGAGAUCCCCUUUAGUGGUCGGGCCGAGCUGUCAGCAUGUUGCAGGCUUAAGGAGGGUUCAGUGUCAGGCUCAUUUACUGCCUCUCGGCCCCUGUGUAGCGGCUCUAUUGUUGGUGCCCCUUCCGUGUGUGAGGUCUCCAUUUGUGUUGUUUUAGUUGGCGUGGGCCUCUGGAGUAUGGCCCCUAUGUUUCUGUCGGGUUUUUGUGUCCGGUGUCUCAUGUUCGAGGUUCCUGAUAGUGCGGUUGGUUCUGGAUGUUCUGGCCUGUGUGUGCCUCAAGGAAGUGAUCGAGGUACGUCUCCAGGCCUCUUGGCGUCGGUGACUGGUAGGCCCCAGUUUUGUGCCUCUGCUUAUUUUGUCGCUGGGCGUACUGGAAAGGUAUCUAAUUGUGUGGGAAGGCUUCCAGAUGCCGAUUCUUGGGGAUGGUAAGGUGAGAUGGCGUUUCGGGGUGCUGCUAUAAAGGGAUUUUGUUAAGGCCUGUGAGGUGCUUUCAGGAAUGGCGUCCGUUGAGGUUCAACUUCAACACUUUUAAAAAUGUAUUUUAUUACUUUUAUUGUUUGAAAAUUUAUAUAUUUUUUUUUUAUUUAUUUUUUAACAUCUUAAAGUAUAUUGACUAAAUUUUGCAAACCUUCCCCAGAAAUAUGAACUAUGACUUGAUGUCCAUCAGAGUCAGGGCAUGAUUCAGCCAUUCAAGUGUAAGCUCACUUUCCACCUCAGGCGUGGCAGAUGAGCUUACACUCUAAUGGCCAUUGGAGUGAUUCUAAAAACCUCCAGUUAUUUAAAUGUGCCUUAAGAUAUGGUAUAGUGUGGGGCUGGUGUGUACUAUAAUUGCUGCCACCCAGGACUAGUGAGAGUUUGAGCGCAGGACUUAGUUUUGUAUGCUUGUAUUUGCUUUUGUAUUACACAGCCAUGUUACACCCCAUGUGCUCCCUAUUAUGGGGUUUAGAAAAAUACCUCUUUAUGUAUAACACCCAACGCUGACGCAUGCACAAUUCCAUUAGUUUUUAGACACCCAGCCAUUCAUUGCAAAUCGUGAAUAGGGCUGCAUUAAUUACCCCAAUUAUAUAAAUGACCAGUUUAGUAACCAACCUGCUACAAUCUAGUCUUAUUGUGGAAGAAAAAUCUACUUUUUUUCUUUGAUUAUUAAACUAAAACUGGUUCCAGUGAUGCUUUGAUUGUAUCUGCAGUAACUGGUGAUUUACCCGUCCUAACUGUAACACAAUAACAUGGAAUUAACACAAACACAGCAAUCUUCAAGUCUUAAAACGUGUUUCUCCAGAAACUGGCUCAUCCAGAAAGUGUCCUUUCCGCACUGUAAUCGGCCCUUUGUUUCAUCUUUGUCAUUGAUUUAGUGUUUUGACUUGUUUAUGCCAUGUCACGCAUCUGAUAGAAAUUAUCCUAGAAAUCGACAAUGAGUGUCAGUUCGCUAUAAAAAACCCAAUGAGGGGUGUAUUUAAGGGCUUAACACAUCCACAGCACCGGGUUGUCAUGGUGGUCCGAAAGUGGUACCUGGGCUUGGAAUUUCUGUGUGCCAGUUGGUGAGAUCAUGAAAUGUUCCGUGACAGCCCAACGAUGAAGUCACGGAGAAUCGAUUAGGCUGUGUCUCUUGACACAGACACGAGCAGAGCUUCCGCACUUUCCAUUACUCCUGGAAUGUGUCACUGAAAAUAUGGAAUACUUUUCUGACAUGUAGGUUCCCGGUGUCUUUUCUCAUACCAGCAUUGCUUCCAGUGCUAUGUGUGUACUAAACUGGAGCUUUAUAAAGUACUGUACGCACUAUAACCACAAAUUACUGGAGUGGCACCAUCUCAUGGCAUGUAGUCAGUUUUCAAAUAAUUUGACAAUUACCCAGGACAGCCUCAUUCAUUUUUCUUGUCUGAUAUCUGAAGAGGGUCUAAAACGCAGGCAGCUGUUAGACCUACGUUAGUAUCAGACUGAAAACUGACUGUAUACUGUGGUCUGUAGUGCUUAUUGUGCUUAGAAUGCCAUUUUAAAGACAGACGAUGGAGAGAAUAACAGAGAUAUUUAUUAUUUAUAUAGCGCCAGCAAGUUCGUAGCGCUGUACAAUGGGUUAAAUAUUAUUCAAAUAUGAAGCAUUUGUUUAGGUGUCCUUGGCAAAUGUAGACAGGAUUGGUGUAAGAUCUGCUAUCAGCAUGUGAGCGAUUAGAUGGAGUUAGAUAGCAUUACGGUUUAAAAUAUCACAGCGAGUGAUGUACUGGGUGAAAGAUUCAAAGGGUAUUUCAGGUCCUGCUAGACCUGGCAAUUUAUGGAGUUUAAAAUCACAGCCGCACUUCGCGUUUACCAAAGCGCUAGUAAACAAGAUGCCAGUUUAUAUGUUUAUUAACUAAAUGUGUGGUUUUUGCCGUGGGUGUGCUUGUUAUUGUACACUGCGGAGCCAUAUUCAAAAUGGUGGAAGCCAGGUACAGGGAAUGACAUCUAUUAUUCUGUAGAUCUGCUAGCAGUUUCGCCAGAACAAUGAAUAGUUUAAAUUUACAUAUUUACCUCUGUGAAACCAACCUUGUCUUUUGCAUAUUUUGUGAUGUUCUUUUCUGAUCUGACACGGUCAUGCAUUCGAUAUUUUUCGUCAAUGUUCCUAUGUGAAGUUGAAAUCUAUACUGGGAGUCUAAAGUAAUUUCGCAAUUUACAGUUUUUGUAUUGGAUGUGAAAGUUUGUAUGACUUAUAUUAUUUAAUAUUAGCAGUAUUUCAGCAGUUAGAGCUCCAUUUGUCGUUCUGUGUGAUCGGACCAGACUGGUUAGCCUUUCCUCCCAUGUGCCUCAAUUAGUCUUGGGUGCCCAUGACCCUGACACCGGUUCACUGGUUGUCCUUCCUUGCACCACUUUUAUGGUAGGUACUAAAUACGGCAUACCGGGAGCACCCCACAAGACUUUUUGGAGAUGCUCUGACCCAGUCGUCUAGCUAUCAGUAUUUGGCCCUUUUUUUUUUUAAAUCACUCAGAUUUUUUUUAUCUGCCCAUUUUUCCUGCUUCCAACACAUGGAAUUCAAAAACUGAAAGGUGCCGUUGUCAUGAUUUAAUCCAUGUUAUUCACUUCAUCUGCCAGUGGUUUUAAUGUUGUGACUGAUCAGAGUAUUUAUAAAUAGCUCAAAUCUAAGUAUAGUGGUAGUAGUGAAAAAAUAGAUGCAUAAAAAUACAUUUGAUAUUAAAGGGACACUAUAGUCGCCUGAACAACUUUAGCUUAAUGAAGCAGUUUUGGUGUAUAGAACAUGUGGCUAGGGCUGCUAAACAGAAACAAAGGGAUUUAACUCCUAAAUGACAGUGAAUUAAGCAGUGAAAUUGCAGGGGAAUGAUCUAUACACUAAAACUGCUUUAUUUAGCUAAAGUAAUUUAGGUGACUAUAGUGUUCCUUUAAGAUGUAUGUUUCUAUACAGUUUAGGAAUUGUGUCAUAAAUCCUGAUUCUACAUAAAGUCCUUUAACCCCUUAAGGACCAAACUUCUGGAAUAAAAUGGAAUCAUGACAUGUCACACAUGUCAUGUGUCCUUAAGGGGUUAAAUGUUUUGCAUUUGUGAGAGUCUUGUGCUCCAAUUUAACUCUCAAAAGCUUGUCUUUUAAAUAUUAUAUUAGUCAAAAAAAAAAAAAAUGCAUCAUUGCAUACUGCAACAUGUUGGCUAUUUUGCAAUCUUGUCUACUGGGCUAAUACGGCUAAUCCAAUCUGAUAUAUAUAUAUAUAUAUAUAUAUAUAUAUAUAAUAUAUAUAUAUAUAAAAUAAACUCGCAUUUCUAGGACUUUCUAUCCUUUUUAUUACUGUUUGCAUUGAGAUAUUUUGAUAAGUAAUUCUUUAUGCAGUGCGCAGGUGAAAUGCACUAUCUCGUCUAUGUGUUAACUGGUUAAUGAUUUCAUGCAGAGUUGGUAAUGAUUAAACUAUUAGCCACACGGCCGAAGCAGAACAUGUCUUGCAUUACUGAGAGCCUCUGUCUCUAUUUUACCUGAAUUGCACAUAUAUCUCUCUUUUUGCUUUAUUGUUAUUUAUUGUGUGCUGAGUCUGCAUUUAUUUAUUUUGCAGAGAAAUAUUCUCUAUUUACCACAAAUCUCCAGCGUUCACACGACAGAGAAAAAAUGGAAUACCAAUGACCCAGGGAUUUGGCUUCCCAGCUCUCCAAUGGCCACCGGAUUCUAGAAUGGUGAGUUAGCAGUCGGACCGCUGGAUUUGUGAUCACUUCUUUAAAUUCUUGAACUCUUACUGAUGUGCCCAUAGAUUAUUACAAAGGGGUCACUGUAGAGUGAAUAUAGAGUACUGGAGUCACAGUAAGGAGUCACUAUACAGAGAGUGUAUAGUAUUGGAGUCACAGUAACGGGUCACUAUACAGAGAGUGUAUAGUAUUGGGGUCACAGUAAGGGGUCACUAUACAGAGAGUGUAUAGUAUUGGAGUCACAGUAACGGGUCACUAUACAGAGAGUGUAUAGUAUUGGGGUCACAGUAAGGGGUCACUAUACAGAGAGUGUAUAGUAUUGGGGUCACAGUAAGGGGUCACUAUACAGAGAGUGUAUUGGAGUCACAGUAAGGGGUCACUAUACAGAGAGUGUAUAGUAUUGGGGUUACAGUAAGGGGUCACUAUACAGAGAGUGUAUAGUAUUGGGGUCACAGUAAGGGGUCACUAUACAGAGAGUGUAUAGUAUUGGGGUCACAGUAAGGGGUCACUAUACAGAGAGUGUAUAGUAUUGGGGUCACAGUAAGGGGUCACUAUACAGAGAGUGUAUAGUAUUGGGGUCACUAUACAGGGAGUGCAGAAUUAUUAGGCAAGUUGUAUUUUUGAGGAUUAAUUUUAUUAUUGAACAACAACCAUGUUCUCAAUGAACCCAAAAAACUCAUUAAUAUCAAAGCUGAAUAUUUUUUGAAGUAGUUUUUAGUUUGUUUUUAGUUAUAGCUAUGUUCGGGGGAUAUCUGUGUGUGCAGGUGAUUAUUACUGUGCAUAAUUAUUAGGCAACUUAACAAAAAACAAAUAUAUACCCAUUUCAAUUAUUUAUUAUUACCAGUGAAACUAAUAUAACAUCUCAACAUUCACAAAUAUACAUUUCUGACAUUCAAAAACAAAACAAAAACAAAUCAGUGACCAAUAUAACCACCUUUCUUUGCAAGGACACUCAAAAGCCCGCCAUCCAUGGAUUCUGUCAGUGUUUUGAUCUGUUCACCAUCAACAUUGCGUGCAGUAGCAACCACAGCCUCCCAGACACUGUUCAGAGAGGUGUACUGUUUUCCCUCCUUGUAAAUCUCACAUUUGAUGAUGGACCACAGGUUCUCAAUGGGGUUCAGAUCAGGUGAACAAGGAGGCCAUGUCAUUAGAUUUUCUUCUUUUAUACCCUUUCUUGCCAGCCACGCUGUGGAGUACUUGGACGCGUGUGAUGGAGCAUUGUCCUGCAUGAAAAUCAUGUUUUUCUUGAAGGAUGCAGACUUCUUCCUGUACCACUGCUUGAAGAAGGUGUCUUCCAGGAACUGGCAGUAGGACUGGGAGUUGAGCUUGACUCCAUCCUCAACCCGAAAAGGCCCCACAAGCUCAUCUUUGAUGAUACCAGCCCAAACCAGUACUCCACCUCCACCUUGCUGGCGUCUGAGUCGGACUGGAGCUCUCUGCCCUUUACCAAUCCAGCCACGGGCCCAUCCAUCUGGCCCAUCAAGACUCACUCUCAUUUCAUCAGUCCAUAAAACCUUAGAAAAAUCAGUCUUGAGAUAUUUCUUGGCCCAGUCUUGACGUUUCAGCUUGUGUGUCUUGUUCAGUGGUGGUCGUCUUUCAGCCUUUCUUACCUUGGCCAUGUCUCUGAGUAUUGCACACCUUGUGCUUUUGGGCACUCCAGUGAUGUUGCAGCUCUGAAAUAUGGCCAAACUGGUGGCAAGUGGCAUCGUGGCAGCUGCACGCUUGACUUUUCUCAGUUCAUGGGCAGUUAUUUUGCGCCUUGGUUUUUCCACACGCUUCUUGCGACCCUGUUGACUAUUUUGAAUGAAACGCUUGAUUGUUCGAUGAUCACGCUUCAGAAGCUUUGCAAUUUUAAGAGUGCUGCAUCCCUCUGCAAGAUAUCUCACUAUUUUUGACUUUUCUGAGCCUGUCAAGUCCUUCUUUUGACCCAUUUUGCCAAAGGAAAGGAAGUUGCCUAAUAAUUAUGCACACCUGAUAUAGGGUGUUGAUGUCAUUAGACCACACCCCUUCUCAUUACAGAGAUGCACAUCACCUAAUAUGCUUAAUUGGUAGUAGGCUUUCGAGCCUAUACAGCUUGGAGUAAGACAACAUGCAUAAAGAGGAUGAUGUGGUCAAAAUACUCAUUUGCCUAAUAAUUCUGCACUCCCUGUACAGAGUGUGUAUAGUAUUGGGGUCACUAUACAGAGAGUGUAUAGUAUUGGAGUCACAGUAAGGGGUCACUAUACAGAGAGUGUAUAGUAUUGGGGUCACAGUAAGGGGUCACUAUACAGAGAGUGUAUAGUAUUGGGGUCACAGUAAGGGGUCACUAUACAGAGAGUGUAUAGUAUUGGAGUCACAGUAAGGGGUCACUAUACAGAGAGUGUAUAGUAUUGGGGUCACAGUAAGGGGUCACUAUACAGAGAGUGUAUAGUAUUGGGGUCACAGUAAGGGGUCACUAUACAGAGAGUGUAUAGUAUUGGAGUCACAGUAAGGGGUCACUAUGGUAUUGGGGUCACAGUAAGGGGUCACCAUACAGAGUGUAUAGUAUUGAGUCACAGAAGGGCCCACUAUACAGAGAGUGUAUAUAGUAUUAGUCACAGUAAGGGGUCACUAUACAGAGUGUAUAGUAUUGGGGUCACAGUAAGGGGUCAUACAGAGAGUGUAUAGUAUUGGGUGGUCACUAUACAGAGAGUGUAUAGUAUUGGAGUCACAGUAAGGGGUCACUAUACAGAGAGUGUAUAGUAUUGGAGUCACAGUAAGGGGUCACUAUACAGAGAGUGUAUAGUAUUGGGGUCACAGUAAGGGGUCACUAUACAGCGAGUGUAUAGUAUUGGGGUCACAGUAAGGGGUCACUAUACAGAGAGUGUAUAGUAUUGGGGUCACAGUAAGGGGUCACUAUACAGAGAGUGUAUAGUAUUGGGGUCACAGUAAGGGGUCACUAUACAGAGAGUGUAUAGUAUUGGAGUCACAGUAAGGGGUCACUAUACAGAGAGUGUAUAGUAUUGGGGUCACAGUAAGGGGUCACUAUACAGAGAGUGUAUAGUAUUGGGGUCACAGUAAGGGGUCACUAUACAGAGAGUGUAUAGUAUUGGGGUCACAGUAAAGGGUCACUAUACAGAGAGUGUAUAGUAUUGGGGUCACAGUAAGGGGUCACUAUACAGAGAGUGUAUAGUAUUGGGGUCACAGUAAGGGGUCACUAUACAGAGAGUGUAUAGUAUUGGGGUCACAGUAAGGGGUCACUAUACAGAGAGUGUAUAGUAUUGGGGUCACAGUAAGGGGUCACUAUACAGAGAGUGUAUAGUAUUGGGGUCACAGUAAGGGGUCACUAUACAGAGAGUGUAUAGUAUUGGGGUCACAGUAAGGGGUCACUAUACAGAGAGUGUAUAGUAUUGGGGUCACAGUAAGGGGCUGCUAUACACAGGUUUUUUUGCCUUCUUUUGAGUAAAUGGCGUAAAAGAAUGGGUUUCAGAGUUGAACUUGAUGGGCUGGUGUUUUUUCAAUAACUAUGUAAGAGUACAGUAUUGAGAUCCCAGUCAUGGUAAGGAGUCAAUGUUUAUUCCUAUUGCAGGCAAGGAAGGGGAAGAUAGACGGACACUAUCUGAUUGAGGAGUUUGAUAUGUUUCCGUUACAAUUCUACGUGUUAUGUUAUAAAUCAUAUCCCCCAACUUCCUAGAUAACAGCUCUCAUAAUAGACUCUCCACGCUGCCAUUAGACUAUAACUCUUGCAAUUAGCAAUCAGAGGAUGAUGUGAAUUGCAGUCUGGAAAAAAACUGGAGAUCUGUUUAUGAAAAUAAUCAUCAUUUUUCUUGUGUUCUCAUAUUUUCCCAGUAUUUGUUAACAUUGCUGGUUUCAGCUUAUGCAUUAUCUAAACGAACUCACUAUUGCGUUAUAUUUGUUAAUGAUGAGCAAGGGUUAAAUUAAUGGAUCCAAGGAACCCUGGCUCUUAAAAAUCUUUUAACUUUUUUAGGACAUUAUAUAGUAUGCCUUUACACUUAAAGGAGCACUCUGAGUAAAGUAAUAAAAAAUAUAUACUAUUAUUAUUAUUAUAGAAAGCAUUUAUAUAGCGCCAACACAUUCCAGAGUGAUUUACAACUCUAGAAAGGGAAUAUUUUGAGGUCUCAAACAAGCUUGCAAUAAUCUAUGAGGAUCUGAGCUGGUCGGAUGUAUAUCGUUAGGUGUCUUGACCAGGGGCACUUGCUGGUGAGGAGGUCUGACCGGUUUCAAAUCUGGGUUUUCUAAAAAGUUUUAGAUUUCUCAUUUUGGCACUGAUAGGGUUAAAAUCACCCUAAUUCCAGUGUAGUUAGUCUCCUCACUGCAGCUCAGAUCUGCGUUGUGAUGUUGGACAUAAGUCACCAGUAAUCUUGCUAUUUCUCAUCGCUGCACAAUUAAUUGUACUGCAACCAUACACGUCCGCCUAGGGACCAGGGGUUAGACAGGGGCCCCGGAACCAUGAAUUUGCUUUGCCCCACUAACCAUUCAUAACUGACAACUUCUUCCCACAGAGAAUCUUAGGAACACACCAGCUAUGCUUCCACUACAAUACAAAGCUGCCUGUUUGAGAAUGUGUUAAUAAAAUUGCAGAUCUUUCUUGAAAUGGAAACAUUUAUAAAAUAAAUCAGUAAGUGAAAUAUAAAUCUCCAUCUGUUUCCAUACUAUCUCUACCACAAACCAUUACAACGGCAAACAUAAACAGUGUCUCUCAAAGACUUUUAGGAGUUGUAGUAUGUCCAAAGAUCAAGGUCCAUGUUUGGCUACUGUUGUCCUAGUUCUAAGGAAAUAUAUAAAUAUUUAAAAAUGUAUAACUGGUCAUACUGGUUAGAAACUGACUGGCGACCUUUGCUUUUAAAAACACGUCUUCACCUUAGUCAGAUCACGUAGAAUUUGUUGCUAGGAAUAAAUAAAGGUACAGACAAAGCUUUUCUUUUGUCGAGGGCUUCUAAUGGGAUAUGAUGUAUUUAACCAUAGAGAAAUCCCUGUUUUGAUCUGUACAUUGUUUAACCUUGAGGCAGUAAUCUCCAUGCCCUUCUGAUUUCUCACAAACUCACGUGAUAUAUCCUGCUCCUGUCACAAACAUGUGGCUAUCUUUCUUUGAGAGAAGCCAUUGAUGGAAAAUAAAACUAUACAUUGCCAGUUAUAUUCUUUAUCCUGUUUUUUUUUUUUCUCAAUCUUUGUGGUUGAAUGGCACCCAUCACACAGAGUUUGUAUCUUUUUAUGCAAGCCGUAUUUUGUGAACAGUCUGUGCGGCUUGCUUAUAGAACAUACAAUGUAGACCAGGGAUUCGAGAAUUUCAGUGGUCUGUAGACUGCUUUAGCAAAUUGUCUAUUUGGAGAAUUUCUGAUAAAAAAAAACAAAAAAAACAAAAAGAAACUGUGUGCUAGGAACAUUGUUUUACAGAAUUACAGAGAAGAGUAAUAUAUUGAUAUUAAAAAAAAUAAAAAAAAACCCAACAAAUGGAUCAUUAUCUAUGCCAUUGGUUAGAAAUGCCACCAACAGGGCAGCACUCACCGCCCCCACCUUCUAUGAAAAACAUCUGUUUAGGUGAGCAAUCCCCCUAGAGGCCUUAUCACACUGCUGUAUGCGCACAUAUGCGCAGAAACCAAAGAAUGGGGCAACCUGACAUACAUUGGUCAUUGGGAGCGGGACCUGGGUGAGGUGCUGGAGGGGGUGGAGUGGCAGGAGGUCUGGGAGGCGACAGCCACAUCUUCCAUUUGCGUUUCUAUACAGGAGCAGUCAUACAAGACCCUCUUUAGAUGGUACACCACCCCCAUACAAUUGCACCGCAUGCGCAAAUUGCCCACGGACUUAUGCUGGAGGAACUGUGGUCUUAGAGGAACUUACAUCCACAUGUGGUGGGAGUGCCCCAUCAUACAAAAGCUCUGGGGGGAGAUCAGAGACUUGGUGGCCCAGGUCUUCCAGAGGGCCCCAACCCUUGACCCGUGGACAUUUCUCUUAGGCAGGCCCAAACACGACCUAAAACUAUUCAAUAAGAUCACAUUGGCAGCCAGGCGGGCCAUAGCACAAUACUGGCUAAAGAUGCAGCCCCCCCCCUCACUAGUUCUGGGAAAAAUAAAGGACAGCUAUCUCAUGGACGAUUUGACUGCCAGGGUGCGCGGCACCCGGAGGAAGUUUGAGAAGACGUGGGGACUGUGGAGGGAAUGCCCCUUGGCAGAAUGACGGGUCCGGCGCUGUAUUGGACGCGGUGUUGCCUGCCUUAUCUCCCCCCUCCCCUCCUCUUCGCCCCCCCUCGGGCCCCUCCCUGCGCCUGGUCCACCCAUAUCUUCCACUAUUGUUCCCUCCCUUUCCUUUUCUUCUGUACUUUUCUACUAUUUCUCUCUCUCAUUAUGGCCCUUACUCUGGACAAGGCCGGGCGGGCCCCUUACCCCUGCUCAGCCGGGCCUAACAGCUCCAAUGGUCCACUGCAAGAUGCACAUGAUCAUACUCCUACUCAGCAUCCUUUAGCAUGAAGUAGAGUAGGCACCACAGGAUAUCUAUAAAGGCCUUACACCUUUUCUAGCCCCUACUGCCCGAGAAAGUGCACAGUAAAACGUUAACUUGAUGGCUUAUUUAUGACGUAUGUACCCCCACUGGAGAGCGUUAUCUAUCAGCUAUGUACUUGGUUUUAUUCUCUUGUGUUAUCUAUUGCUCCUCCAUAAUGUAUGCCUUUAAUGCCAGCAGGCUCUCUCCGCCUGACCACGAUUGUAUGUUAUGAAACGGGCGCAUCUUGUUUUAUCUUUUGCUGAUAUGUGAAAUAAAAAAAAAAAAAAAAAAAGAAAUGCCACCAAGAGUUAAAGGGACCCUGUACUUACCAAAACAACUUUUGCUAAAAUGAAGUAGUUUUGGUAUAUAAAUCAUGUCCCUGCAGUCUCACUGCUCAAUUAUCUGGCAUUUAGGAGUUAAAUCACUUUGUUUAUGCAGCUCUAGCCACACCUCCCCUGGCUGUCACUCACACAGUCUUCCUAAACACUUCCUGUAAAUGUUUACACUUCCUUUAUUGCACAUUUUGUUAAAUUUUGUAUUUCUUAUCUCCUGCUGUUAAUAGCUUGGUAGACCUUGCAGAAGCCUCCAGUAUGUAAUUUAAGUUCAAAUUACAGAGCAGGAAAUAAAAACUUUUAAAGUUAGUUACUUCUGAUUGAAAAUAAAACCAUUAUGUUUUCAUGCAGGCUGUGUCUGCCACUGCUAGUGGAGGCAUCGCUAAAGCUGCAUAAAAAGAAACAAAAUUGAUUUAACUCCUAAAUGGCAGAUAAUUGAGCAGUGAAACUUCGGAGACACGAUCUAUACACCAAAACUACUUAAUUAAGCUAAAGUUGUUUUGGUGACUAUAGUGUCCCUUUAAAGUACUCUUAGACCUACAAUAUACCAAUAUUGAUAUUAUUUUAAAAAAUGUCCUUAUAGAAAGUUUUUGAAAAUGAAAGACUCCUGUUUCUUUGUUUCUACAGUGUAAGGACCACUGGUCCAGCUGGUUAUGUCCACCAUAAUGGUAGACGCCGUUGGUGACUUCUGUUCUAUGACGCCAUUGGAUGAUGACGACCUAGGAAGCCCUUUAACUGGAGAAUUUCUCCAAAAUAUUGGUGACAUCCAGGACAUCUCCCAGACCGAUGUUUGUGCGGCUUUCAGUGCCGUUGAGUACCAGUACUUGGAAACCAGCCCUGGGUCAAAUGGCUCUGUUAGCCCAGACCUUACAGGUGAGUGCGAGAGGGUUUUGGAAAUCCAUAGCCUAAACUACUCAUUCCAUUCCACUUCUCGUUUCUGGUGCAUUGGCACAACCUGGAUCCUUGAGUAUUGAAAGCUAAUAUGACCUACUCAGUCUGCAGUAGAACCACACACUAAAACUUGAGAUGGAAAUUUUAUCAGUCUGCAUCAUAUUUUUACUGUUAAUAAAUUUAUUUUCAAAGCACUGAUUUUCACAAUGCUGCGCAAAGGACUUUGGACAAUUAAUUACUGAGACGCUAUUUCUGAUGUACUCACUCUACAUACUCGCGCACGCAGGCUCUGCUGUAACAUCUGGCAGUACCUCAGGAUUGUGAAACUGUUCAGUUCUAUUCCCUUGGCAUGGGUUGCGGGUGGAGGAACAAGUGGUUGAGCAGCAAAUAAGCUUGAUAAUUGUAAUAAAUCUCAAACUUCACAUUUUUGACAAUGAUGGAUAUCGGGGGGGGGGCGGUCCCUUUGGUUAAAAGGGGACCCGAGACCUCAUUUCAUAUUUUCUUAAUUAUAUGCUUUUCUCUGUCUAGCUCAGAUGCACUUGGUAAACAACCCAUAACCCAAUGUUACCUAGACUUCUCAAGCAAACAGAAUCAAUAGGCAAUUCAUCACCUACUGCAAGAUAGUGGGCGAUUCAUGCUGAGGGUCAGUCAGUAAAGCAUUCACUAAACAAAAUUUAGAAAUUGAAAAAAACAAACCAUAGACAUCUAUAAAUAGUUGUAGCUGUUUAUCGUGAUGGCCAAUCUGCUGGGAAGUGUAAACGUCAGCAAAUAUAAACUUAAAGAUGAAAGAUUUCUAUGUGGGAGAAACAAAGAAAGCCGUGACCUGCAUUUCUACGCUAUCUUAGUCCUCGGCAGGCACAUUCCGCUGAUAACUGCAAUCCUGGGUGGAAAUACUGAAAUUUAAAUGAUUAUAAAGAACUGUGUGGCGCAAUGUAAUACUGGAUUAUUUUUGUUGUCUUAGACACCCUGUCACCAGCAUCAAGUCCGUCUUCCAUCACCUUCUCCGCUGCCGCUGGAGGCGCCGAGGAGCAGUCUUGUAAAACAUUGAGUCUUGAAUGCAGAGUGUGCGGAGACAAAGCGUCAGGAUUUCAUUAUGGUGUUCAUGCGUGUGAAGGCUGCAAGGUACCAAACUAAAGCUAUGAUCCUCUGCCAGCAAAGGCGAUUUAUUCGGCUUAAUCAAAUUAAUACAUACUGCAGUUAGCAAGUUCUGCUUAGCACUAGAACAAUGCUGUCCCAGCAUAACACACGCCGUCACAAUUCCAAAUUCUCUGAACAUUCUGUAUCCAGAGGAUCUCCCAAUAUUUUUGCGACCGCAGUUCUGUAGAACUUCUAAUGCCAAGUAACAAGGUCAUUCGAUGACACAGGGCAUUUAGGGCACACUGUGUGAUGACCACAUGACUUGUCAUUGUCCUGAAUGUGUUAAUAGAAAUGGCAUUUACAAACUGACAAAUUCAUGUGUGUGUGUGUGUAACAGUUAUGGGCCUUGAAGGUUAUGCAUUUUAUUGCAGAACACAUCCUGUAUAGUGGGGUGUAAGUAGCAUAUAGGAGACAAACACGUUUAUUAUUUCAGGAAGGCAGGUUAUAAGAUCUGAGAAAUAACAGCUUGAUUGAUUCAGGUCAUGGUUAAUGUCUAAAAUAAUGUUUUGAUCAGGAUAAACUAGUGGCUGCCCCCUGUCAACUUAGUAAUGCAGACAUAUUGUAGAAUAAAAACAGGAAAGGUCAAUAACAUUUACAUAAAUAGAAAUAUAUAUUUUUUUAAAUUCUUUAUUUUUGUAUUGCAUGAGGAAAAGUACAUGCUGUGUAAAGACAUAUCAGUGAGAGAAUACAUGUAAAUAAACUGUACAGUAUAUCAUAGUAUGACAAGUUCACUUUUUGUAAGGUAAGAGAGAAUAUUAUAAGCAUGAUGAUAUAAAGAUAGUAAUUCAGGCUAGAUCCUUUGGUCACAUGCAUAAACAAUAAAACCACUUGGUACUUGUUAGAGCUGGUAACACGGUGAAGCAUAAGGCUCUGUUUGAUAUAUCAGAUUGGUAGAUGAAGCCGGCCCCAGCCCAUACUGCAGAUGGGCAUCGAUAGACAAUCGGACUUUGGGUCAGCCAUGAGGUCGCCUCUUGCUCCCCCACAGACCCGCAGGGGUAGCCCGGUUACAUGUGGAGACUCCAUAGGUGGGCUGCUGAUUGCAGAGUGUUCAUCUCCCAGGGUACGUGCUUUAAAGGGAGCCAGCGGUGCUCUUCGGGUGGUACUCACUCUUGGCGUGAGGUCGGGACCUGUGGCACUCCGACUUUCGAUAAGCCUUCCUAUUAAUCAGGCUGCGAGGUGAUUGCUUCUCCGAUUGGGCCCCGGCCUAAUGCUGGAUAGGUGGACUGCAGCUUCAUUCUCAUGUUCUGCUUUAGCAGGCAGGACAUGGUGGGGAGUUCUAAGCUGUAUGCUUCUCCAGAAAGCCUGACAGAUUUGGUUGAACCUAGCUUCGAAACCCUCUCUCCACUGCUGGAUACUUGAGAUAUUUUGCCGCGGCAGCCAUCUUAGGCACGUUAUGCGGUCCGCAGCUCAGCAGGGAAAUCCCUGCAUUUCUCCCAUUUGUAAUUUAGGUUGAAAUUUCUACUACUUCUAAUUCAUUAUUAUUAUCAAUUAUUAAAUGGGGUUAUUUGACAAGUAAUGUACAUACGGUCAGUGGUGUAUUUUGGAUUUGUGCUGCCCUACUCAUGACUACACUCGUACACCCCUAAUCUAAUCUAAAUUUUCUCCACCUCUUCCUGUCAAGGCCACGCCUCUUUUGUUUAAGACAAACACGCACUUUUUUGACUGACAAAUGCACGCCUUCAUUGAUACAUGCACUGACAUACACUCAUAGAUAGAUACACAGUCAAUGGCACACACACUGUUUAACCAUCACAAUUUCACUGACAGAUACACACUAACACAAUGACACACACACUGACACACCCGCUCCCUGACAGGCACACACUGACAUACACGUACUCGCUGAUUUGACAAACACUCACAGACAAAUACAUUCACUCAUAGACACACUGAUGGCUAAACACUCAUUGACACACAAACACUCACUGACAGAAACAUACACAAACACUCACUGACAGAAACAUACACAAACACUCACUGACAGAAACAUAUACAAACACUCACUGACAGAAACAUAAACAAACACUCACUGACAAGAAACAGACACAAACACUCACUGACAAGACACACACACACACUCACUGACAAAAAACAGACACACACACACUCACUGACAGAAACAGACACACACACACACACACUCACUGACAGAAACAGACACACACACACUCAUUCCCUGACAGACACACACACUCACUGACACACACACUCACUGGCAGGAAAACACUCACUCACUGACAGACACAUAUUUUCUCAUAAACUCAUACAUUAAUAUCAUUUUACCUUUGCGAGAGCUGGAGUGGAUCUUGUGCCUGGGGUCCAGUGUGGGUGCUGGGCUCUGGCUAGCUGGACUUGCUGGACAGGAGGGGGGGUAGGCGCGCUAUGGAGGUGUGCUCUUCUUGCUCUGCUCCCUCACCCACCGGGAGCCAGAGUGACGUUGUUUUCCGGGUCAGGGCAAAGGAGAAAAGCAAGAAGUGCACAGAGGACAGCGCUUCCUCGCCGCCCCGCUAGAAUCUGAGCAACUAAGGUUGCCAACUGGCCGCAUGUGAGAAGAGGCUAAGAAGGCAUAUGUCAGGGCGUUUGGGGCUACCCCCCUGAAAGUGCUGCCCAAUGUAAAUGCAUUGUUAGCUUCGUGGAAAAUAGAGCCUUGGACGUGGUGACAGUGAGGAAGCCCUGCUCAAAUGCACUUACAAUCUGUGAGAUUGGUGUCCGAUGUUUAGAUUUGGAUACUGUGGUGAACAGACGCAGAAAUACUUAAAUAUAUAAAUUGUAAAGUUAAAUGCUUUAGUAAAAACAAAACUCAUGGUUAAUGGAGAAAAGUAUAAUUCAUUGUGUCAGGUAAUAAUGUGUCUACUUGUUAGACAGAUUGCAGGGUUCCGUGUCUUUUUGGGGGAAUAAGGGCACUGUGGUCCCUUAUUUAUUUAUUAUUAUUUAUUAUUGCCAUUUAUAUAGCGCCAACAGAUUCCGUAGCGCUUUACAAUAUUAUGAAAGGGGAUUUAACUAUAAAUAGGACAAUUACAAAUAAACUUACAGGAACAAUAGGUUGAAGAGGACCCUGCUCAAUCGAGCUUACAUUCUAUAGGAGGUGGGGUGUAAAACACAUUAGGACAGGAAUGUGCAAUCAAAUAAGGUGGGCUGCCCUUUAGGAGAGGGCAAGAGAUGAGUAUGUGAGGUAGGGGUUAGUCUUGGAGGCCAUAAGCUUUCCUAAAGAGAUGGGUUUUAAGGCACUUCUUAAAAGAUGCAAGACUAGGGGAGAGUCGGAUGGCGGUAGGCAGGCUAUUCCAUAGGAAGGGAGCCGCCCGCGAGAAGUCCUGCAAGCGCGAGUUGGCCGUACGGGUGCGGACAACGGACAGGAGGUGGUCACGGGCAGAGCGGAGAGACCGAGAAGGGACAUACCUGUGGAUCAGUGAGGAGAUAUAAGAGGGGCUAGAGUUGUUCAGUGCUUUAUAGGUGUGAGUUAGUGCCUUGAAUUGACUCCUAUAGCACACAGGAAGCCAAUGUAAGGACUGGCAGAGGGGUGAGGUGUGAGAGAACCGACUAGAGAGGAAAAUCAGUCUAGCAGCAGCAUUCAUUACAGACUGUAGGGGUGCAGUACGGCUUUUGGGAAGACCAAGCAGGAGAGGGUUACAAUAAUCCAUGCGUGAAAUUAUUAGAGCAUGGACAAGCUCCUUGGUAGUAUCUGGUGCAAGAAAGGGGCGGAUGCGGGCUAUGUUUUUAAGAUGGAAUCUACAGGAUUUGGCAACAUGCUGGAUGUGAGGCUCAAAGGUGAGACCAGAGUCAAGUAUGACGCCAAGACAGCGCGCUUGCAAGGAUGGGCUGAUGUUGGUACCACAAACUUGAAGGGAGAGCGAAAGAGGAGGAUCAGUAUUAGGAGGAGGAAAGACAAGGAGCUCAGUUUUUGAGAGAUUGAGUUUCAGAAAGCGGGAGGACAUCCAGUCAGAGAUGGAAGAAAGGCAAGCAGUGACACGUUGCAGGACAGCAGGGGAGAGGUCCGGGGAGGAGAGAUAUAGCUGGGUGUCAUCAGCGUACAGGUGGUAGUGGAAACCAAAUGAGGUAAUAAGUUUGCCAAGAGAGGCAGUAUAAAGAGAAAAUAGAAGGGGACCAAGGACGGAGCCUUGGGGGACUCCAACCGAGACAGGGCGAGGGGAGGAGGUAUCAUUAGAAAAAGAGACACUGAAUGAGCGUUGGGAGAGAUAAGAGGAAAACCACGAGAGGACAGAGUCACAGAGACCAAGCGAUUGCAGAGUUUGAAGAAGGAGAGCAUGAUCAACGGUGUCAAAGGCCGCCGAGAGGUCAAGAAGAAUUAGUAUGGAGUAGUGGCCUUUGGAUUUAGCUGCGAUUAGGUCGUUAGUAACUUUGAUAAGGGCAGUCUCUGUAGAGUGGAGAGGGCGGAAGCCAGAUUGAAGGGGGUCAAGGAGAGAGUUGGAAUUGAGGAAAUGAGACACACGGGUAAAGACGAGUCUUUCCAGAAGCUUUGAGGAAAAAGGGAGCAGGGAUAUGGGACGGUAGUUAGAGGGGGUGGAUGGGUCAAGGGAUGUUUUUUUUAGUAUAGGUACUACAGUGGCAUGUUUAAGGUCAGCAGGGACGAUGCCAGAAGAGAGCGAGCAGUUGAAGAUGUGUGUUAGAGAAGGCACGAGACAAGCGGAGAGAGAUCUGAUAAGGUGAGACGGGACAGGAUCGAGCGGGCAAGUGGUGGGGCGAGAGGAGCAAAGAAGAGCAGCCACCUCUUGGUCAGUGGCUGGGGAGAAUGUCUGAAGGGUAGGAAAGGCAUGAUCAAUGUGUGAUUGAGAAACAGAAAGGCAAGGAGGGGAGAAUUCUUUCCUUAGCUGUUCAAUUUUGUCAGUGAAGUAACAUGCAAAGUUAUCAGCAGUAAGGUUGGUUUGGGGGGUGGCCACAGCGGGGCGAAGAAGAGAAUUAAAGGUGUCAAAGAGACGCCUGGGGUUGCGGGAACAUGAACUAAUGAGAGAGGAAAAAUAGGACUGUUUGGCAAGGGCAAGGGCUGCACUGUAUGAACACAGUAUGAAUCUAUAAUGGAGAAAGUCUGACUGGGUGCGAGACUUCCUCCAGGAGCGUUCAGCACACCGGGAGCAUCUUUGCAGGUAGCGCGUUGAUUUAGUAUGCCAUGGUUGGGGGCGGGUCCUCCUUGAGGUGCUUGCUUGGAGUGGCGCUGCAGUGUUCAAGGCAGAUGUAAGAGUAGAGUUAUAUAUGGAGAUGGCCAGUGAAGGACAGGAUAGGGAAGGGAUGGACAGCAGUUGUGGAUCAAUGUCAGCUGACAACUGUUGGAGAUCAAGAGAAUUAAGGUCCCUCCUGAGUUGAGGCUGGUUAGGCGGAGGUUGUUGGGUGAGGGGGUACGUGAGAGCAAACGAUAAGAGGUGGUGAUCAGAGAGAGGAUAGGGAGUGUUGCAGAUAUUAGAUACCGUACAUGCAUAAGUGAAGAUUAGGUCGAGGGUAUUGCCAGCAACAUGGGUGGGUGAAUUUGCCCACUGUGAUAGCCCGAGGGAGGAAGUAAUUGAAAGUAGUUUAUUGGCUGCAGAGGUCAAAGGUGGGUUUAUAGGAAUAUUGAAGUCCCUUGUCCAACAGUACCUUAUGUCAUUACCCUACCCGAUACUCCUCUACGAGGCACUUGCUGAGCAGUCUAUAGGAAUGUAAUCUUUAACUCUCACAUAGAAAAAGGUUACCAAGUGCACUCAGCUCGUUAUGAUCAACAGCUCAGUUUAAAGUACAAAGUAGGUUUGUUUUUCUUUAGAGCAUUUAUAACGCUUUCAGGAGAAAUGGGCUAUUCUCAAAUUUAUCAUAGAAAGCUGUUGGGAAACAAAGGAUGGCUGAAUGCUUCCCAUCACUUCCAGGGCUGCUGUGAGUAGAACCUACAAAUCCUGCAAAUUUGCAACGAAUUGGGAAACUUUAUAGAUGCGUGUCUUUUUUAGUAUUGUUUUUGGCAUUUUUUGAGCAUUAUCUGUAUCAAGCUGCUCAUCUACAGGAAGGAAUCUCACUUAUUAGGAAAUAGGUUUUCAGGGAGAAAUCUAUUGUUUUGUGAGUACAAAUGAAAUUGCCGCCGCCCUAAAAUUAAACGAUCUGAACAAAAAACCAUGACGAAAUCUUACUUAGUACAAUAGGCAAUGAAAUCAUCUUUUCAUGUAACACCCUUCUAGAAUCUUACAAUUUCUGGAUUAUAUGAUAAUAGGUGCCUUUUAAGUCAUGCUAUUUAUAUUGAAUUACUGAAAUGUAAAGGAACACUAUAGUCACCAGAACCGCUACAGCUUAAUGUAUAGUAUACACCCUAAUGUAGUGGUUCCAGUGUCUAAAGCCUGUCCCUGCAGGCUGAGCAUUGUAAAUGCUGCCUUUUCAGAGAAAAAGAAGUGUCUACAUUACUGCCUAGCAACACCCCAAGUGGCAAUCAUUCAGACGGUCACUAGACUUGCUUCCGAGCACAGCGCUGAUUAAAUUCAUCGCUAAGAGGAGAUGCUGAUUGGAGACGUGUGGUGUUUUGAUGUGCAAUAACCUCCCAAUGGUUUCCUAUGAGAGUCAAGGUUGAUGAUCUCAGCCAUGGAAGCUCUUCAUCCCAGUCCUCCUCUAAAUAAGACUGAUGUUUCUCACAGAGGCCGCGUGAGCAGCAAUCGCCCUGAACCGCCAAUCCAAUGUUUCUCAAUGAAUCUGUCAAACAAACACUAGAGUUGUAAAAAUUGCAUUAUGUAAACAAUCCUGUCUCAGAAACUGUACUAUUAACAACAGCAAGGCUGCAUGUGCAGUAGCUAUUCCUCAAAUUCACAUAUUUAAGAUAUAUUGAAUCUGGUGCUUAAACUGUACUUGUAAUCGGCAUUUAUUCUUGCUCCGUUAAGGCUUUGCAUAUCUUUCCUUGCAGGGUUUCUUUCGAAGAACAAUACGUCUGAAUUUAGUGUAUGAUAAAUGUGAUCGAAUGUGUAAAAUUCAGAAAAAGAACAGAAAUAAGUGUCAAUAUUGCCGGUUUGAGAAGUGCCUUAGCGUGGGAAUGUCACAUAAUGGUAAGUAGGCUAAACAGUGACUGGUUAUGUGUGUAAAAUAGAGAGAGAUUUUUAUGCUCUGUAUGUUUACUAUCCAGGUGUAACCUUAACGGGUUACUCCAAGCACCAUGAGCAAUUCAGUGAUUUGAGGUGGUCAUGGUGCCUGGAGUUGGUAUGUGCAGUGUUUCACUAUGAAACGCUGCACAUAUGAAGAUUAACCCCUAUGCUGCCUUCAACCCUGUCAUUGGAGUGAUAUCAGCUGGUCCAGAACCAGAAUUCCGGGCUGGCUAAUGUCAGUUCUGUGCAACUUGCCCAGGUUGUCAGUCAUUGGCUGAGAGCAUUUAAGUGAUGCUCUCAACAAAUGUAUUGCUGUGGCUUCCGGCUGCUGUUGCUCUGCACAUCACUGGACCACCAGGGAGUAUCAGAGCACGGCGGGGGCCAGGCCAGGUUGCUAAACUGUUUGCCCUAUUACCAGGGAACUGGGCCAGGGUACUCCUGCGGGCAUUAGCAGUUUAUGAUGUUUGGAGUAAUCCUUUAAUAAAUGGAAUGCACUACACACAAAAAAAAUGUAAAAUAAAAAAUUGAAAGGGUGCAAAUGUGAGACAGAUUGUUUGAAUUGAUAAUGCACACCAGAAACACUUUAUGAAUAAGGAGCAGAUUACUCUGUGAUACUUUGAUAAAUCUCCUCCAAUCUCAUUCUGAUUUGCAUUCUGUGCCCUGGCAUAUACAUUUAUAAAACAUUUAUAUGGAUUAUGGAUGUCACUUGCUAAUUUUUAAAAAUAUAUAUUUGAAAGAAAUUGGUGCAUUACAUAAAUAAAAAGGUUUAACACAAGUUGUAGGUAAUUCUGAAUAUUUUAUUAAUUGGUGUAAUUUUUCAGAGAAGUGAUGGUUCUCCUUUAAGUGACUUAAUAAGUAUUUUGCCUGAACCUUGGCGCAGUUUAUAAGUGAAAUAUUUUGUGAUGUUUCAGCAAUACGUUUUGGGAGGAUGCCAAGAUCAGAGAAAGCUAAACUCAAGGCUGAAAUUUUAACGUGUGAACAAGACCUCAAGGAUUCGCAAAUGGCUGACCUCAUGUCCCUUGCCAAACAUAUUUAUGAUGCUUAUCUGAAAAAUUUUAACAUGAACAAAGUAAAAGCAAGAGCGAUCCUCACUGGGAAAGGUAGCAAUCCUGUAAGUCUAAUUUUUUCUUUUUUGUUUUUACCAUUUCUUUGCUGCAUCCCACUUGUUCAUCGUUAUCUGUUACCUACAUGUUACAGGACCACUAUAGUCACCCAGACCAUUUCAUCUCAAUGAAGUGGUCUGGGUGCCAAGUCCCCCAGGUUUUAACCCUUCAGAUGUAAACAUAGCAGUUUUCGGGGUUAAUCCAGCCUCUAGUGGCUGUCUUCCUGACAGCCGCUAGAGGCGCUUCCCCGACGCUCAAUAAGAAAAUCGCAUUGAGCACGCAGAACAUCCAUAGGAAAGCAUUGAAAAAUGCUUUCCUACGGGCAUUAUUAAUUCGCGCGGCUCUGGCCGUGCAUGCUCAUUCGACUCCACUCAGGAGCUGACGUCGGAGGGGUGAAAGGUCACCUGCGCUGAAUAAAGGUAAGUGGCUGAAGGGGUUCUAACCUCUUUAGCCCAGCGGGUGGGGUGGACCUAAGGAUUAUAUAGUGCCAGGAAAACGAGUUUGUUUUCCUGACACUAUAGUGGUCCUUUAAUCUUGCUAAAGCUUUUCUUCUGCUUGGUUUCUGUAUCACACCCCUUUCGUGGUUCAUAUCAUUUCUAGUAGUUUACAAUAGUUUCAUAUUAGUUAUAUUAGUAUUAACAGUAGAAAUGUAUCGAAAAGUGCUUUUUUCCCCCAAUGUUUAACUUUAAAUUCAAUCUUAAUAUGCUAGGAAAAAAAUAAACAUAUAUAAUAGCAAUCUGUAUUUUAAGAAACCAUUCUGAUUUAUUACUCCAUGAUGUAAUACAUACAUUAACAUGUACACGCUUCUUUUCCUUAUUUUAUAAGUUAGGAGUUUUGUGCUGUAGCAUCCUGGGUGCUGUCUGUGUGACUUCCAUAAGUGCUUAAAGGGAUACUAUAGACAUUAAAAUAACUUUGUCUUAAUGAGCAGCUUUGAUAUAGAGUUCCUGCCCCCACAGUCUCACUACUCAAUUCUCUGCCAUUUAGGAGUUAAAUCACUUUUGUUUCUGUUUAUGCCGCCCAAACCAUACCUCCCGUGACUGUGACACACACAACAUCUUUGGAAAAAAAAGUUUCAUUUUCAAAUAGACAUUAGAAGUGUUUAUCUCCUUCUCUGUUAAUUGAACUUUAAUCACACACAGGAGGCUAGCAGGAGAUCAGAAUCUCUAUAUUAAACAGACUGUGCAAUAAAGGAAGUUUAAACAUAAGACCUCUCUUUACAGGAAGUGUUUAUGGAAGGCUGUGCAAGUCACAUGCAGGGAGAUGUGACUAGGGUUCAUAAACAAAGGGAUUUAAAUCCUAAAUGGCAGAGGAUUGAGCAGUGAGACUGCAGGGACAUGAUCUAUACACCUAAACUGCUUCAUUAAGGUUAAAUUGUUUUGGUGAUUGUAGUGCCCCUUUCAUCACUGAAUGAUGCUUUAUGUGGUGUCUGCUCCGACCCCAAUCAUUGUCUGUGACAUACGUUACUUUUCUUGUAUAAAGAGUAGCAUGACUUGCUGUCACUAUCUAAGCAGACAUUUAAUCUUCUUGGCAUUUACACAAUUCCGGGCUUUCCAUUAAGUAACAGCAACAAAGUGUGUUGUAUCGAAAAGACAAAGUAGGUGUGUUUGCUGACGGAUGUGCAUUUCCUUUUAAUCAAAGUGUGGAGAUUCUUGAUCACUGUUUACUGCCUAUUUCUCUGGCGAAGGAUAACCAGCGUCUCCCAUUAAACUAUUUGUGCUCAGUAGCGGUGUUUAAAAAGAUUUAAGAAAAGAGCGUGACACCCAGCAAAAACCCAGCUUGUCCCAGUGAGUCAGGGAUAUUUAGGGGUAUGGACGAUAGAAAUAAUCUUUUUUAUUACUUCCUUAUUACUGAUAAAGGAAUAUGAUAUUAAAUGUAUAAGUACUUGUGUGGAUUAAAUCUGUGCUUUAACUUGCAAAGUACCUCUCACAUAUUUAACAUCUAGGUUUUACCUCUCAGAUAUUUAACAAUCCCAGUUUCUAACUCCUGUCCGGCCAUGCUGUUAUUCCUUUGAAUACCUAGGCUGUAACCGGCCUGUACCAGCUAACACACCGUGCAUGCCAGCACCCCCAUCCUAUCCUGAUUUAUAAGGACAAAGACUGGGGGCCAUGAAUUGUCAUCAUUUAUACAUUUAUUAUUAUUUGUAUUAUUAGGGUGUGCAUGCAUAAUAUUGUAUUCUUUCAUAGAACUAUUAUGAUUUAUAUUGUGCUGAUAUCUUUUCCUUUUUCCCUUCCCAUGUUUAACUUAUUUAACUAGUUUAACAGGGUACUGUAUGGCUGGCAAAUAAUUAGGGACGUCCUGACUAGUGGAGCCUUCGGGCUGAUUCAACCAACAUUCUGCUUAUUGUCUUCCUCUAUGUUUUAGUUUCUAACUUCUUGUCAUUUUUACUGACAGUAAUACUUUGUAUCCGCCAUUAAAUGGUUUGGCGCUUUUCACUCAAUGUUGCUAUUUGUCUGACAAGGUUUCAAGUUUGCGUCACUAAAGGUACGGGGAUUAAAGCAUUAGAAACAGAGACCUCUGGUGACUGCUUUUGGGUAACACAGGAAUGAACUAAUGUUAGAAGUGUUCAUGAAUAACAUUAUUCCAGUGCCAGUUAUUAUUAUUAUUAUUAAUAUUACCAUUUAUAUAGCCAGCAGAUUCUGUAGCGCUUUACAAUAUCAGUUGUACCAUAUUCAUCUAUAGUGGGUUAAGACAUUUAUUUAUAAAUAACUAUUUAAGGGUUAUUUGGUAAGAAAAAUAUGCCAAUUGUAAGUGAUGACAUAAAAGUGAUGUUUAAGAAUAGUGACAGUUUCCACAGUGUUUCAUUAUUUUGUUUAUUCUGAUUAUAGGGACUAUUAAGACUGAAACUGAUGUAUCGUUUGUUAGAGUGUUUUACAGAUGUCAAAUAUAUGUAAAUAAUAAACAUUUGGAGUUACUGCAACAGAUCCUUGGCUUUCCCGGCUCUCACUAAACCAGGAAGUGGUUCAGCUAAUCCUGUCGAGUGCAUAAUAUGUAAAGCAGAGCUUGAUGAGGACAGAGGUUUUUGUGGGAGUUGUAGUUGAGGUGUUAACAUUCUACUAAAAAAAAGCUGACAAAGCACUUCUGUAAACCUGGACAACAGAGCUAUAGGUGAUUCCACAACACAUAGCUCUGUUAUAAAAAAUGUUUACUAUUUCAAAUAUUUAUUAUUAAAACAAAAAGUAAAGAAAUUAAAUAUAGCCUCCCCCGUUCUCCUAGCAUAACCAAUUAAUUAUAACCUAACAUACACAGUGCAUCUAAUGUGUGUGAGAGCCUGGAGUGUCUCUUUAAUAAUAUAAAUCCACCCUGUAUAACUAACUGUAACCUAACCUACACAGUGCAUCUAACGUGUGUGGGAGCCUGGAGUGUCCCUUUAAUAAUAUAAACCCACCCAGUAUAACUGUAACCUAACCUACACAGUGCAUCUAACGUGUGUGGGAGCCUGGAAUGUUCUUUUGAUACAAUCAAAAGAGUUAAAGUUAAGCUCAGGAGUGCAGGUAAAUCUGUUUUCGUUAUCUGUUAAUAAAUGUAGAGCAAACAGACAAAGUACAAGUACACUCAGUUUGUGAGUAAACUUGUUCACCCUGCAUGAUCAAACAUGGUAUGAUGAGGCACAGCCCUUUUAUGCAAAUUUACAGAAUUAAUACAAUCCAUUUCACUUAGAAAGUUUAUGGGUCAGCCAAAUGAAACCUUACGUCAAUAAAAAGUAUAAUUAUGCCCUAUAGAGUGUGUGAAAGGGACAGUCUAACUACCAUAACUAUUACUGCCUGUUCUGGUCCUAGCAGUCUAUUGAGUCCAUCCCCUGGUUCCGUGUUAAACAGUUUUUUGAGAUACAAAUUGUGUGGGUGCCUGCUGGCCAACUCCAAAUUUACCGUAUUGCUAAUUCAGCAACUACACUUAGAAAUGUCAAUUCAAACAGCGUUGAUUGGCUCAGAGUGUCAACUGAAACUUUUAGCCAAUCAGUGUCGCUUACAUUUGAUCAAAUUUGAAAGAAGAAUAACAUAAUAACAAGAUGGGGAGUAAAGGCCCAGGGAAUGGGCUCCUUUCUCUAUGUGGAACCCUCGAGACCCCCGGUUUGUAAGCAGUGAGACACAGAACUGGGGGAUGGCACCAGUAGCUGGAUAGCACCAUAACCACUAUAAUGGGCAGCAGUGACCAUGAAGGGUAGACUGUGCCUUUAACAUUGUCUUAAUGUGUUUGAUUACAGUGUAUCUUUAUAAGUAAUGUAGUUAUUGUCUAUUUAUUUCCUAAUUCCUUCCUUAAACCUUCAAAAUUGUUGUUCAUUGGCUACCAAUUUAUCAUUUUUGGACUUUAGCUUCAUGAAUAAUCCCCACAAUCUGUACUGUUAAAUAAUUUAUUAGUCCUGUCACUUUUCAGUUUUUCCAUAAAGAUACAUUUGUGGGAAAAAAAUGCUCUGUAUAUUUCAUUGUAACUUCACAGAAAUCUCAUAACCUUCGAAAGACAAGACACAGAAGGUUAGUGUCAGUGGGCUAUCUGUCUAUUUCCACAGACCUGUUUUGUACCCUCACACACAUGCAAAGGUGCAAAAUGACAUGGUUCCUGGCAUCCUCAUAUGCCAGUAGCUGAAGAAGGAAGAUGGUGAUGUCCUGGAGGGAGAACUUGAGGUGGUUAUAUCUCAUCUUCUACUACCAGAGAAGACUUUGCAAGUGAUAGGUCUACUUUAGAUAGAAUUUGACGAGGGUGAGGAGACACUUGUUCCAUAAUAGUUUAAGGGUUUAUGAUGGUUUAUAGAUAAUGAUCCUUUAUAUAUCAUUAAUGUAGAUACUAGAGGAACAUAGUGUUCACAUAUAUCCCAGUACAACUCUUGAAUUGGAUUUUUAUCCUUAACACAUCUCUGCUUCGUUAAGUAGAGUUUGUUAAUCAGUGAACUCCCUUUCAUGACCUAUUAGGCUCUAUGAGUGUAGCCCAUGGCAGUAACAAAUAGACCCAGUGAUGACCACAACCACUGCAGACUCUUUAGCCAGACACUGUACAUAGAGUGUGUUAUAUAUCAGUCAUGUGAUAAUAGGUGGAAGAAGCUAAAACUUCAAUAAUAGCUGUCUGAUUCAGUUUCUCAAUGUGAGGGAAGAGAACGGAAACCUGUGCUCACACUGGCACAGACGUCUGUCACUGCUGCAUUGUUGACAUUGCUGCGUGCAGGUUGCAGUCACAGAGACUGCCCUGGACUGUAACAUCAUGUACUGUACUUAGUAUUACUAUAACCCAUGGUAUGGGGGCUAGACCAUGCUGGACCAUUCACAGAGUCUGCCCUGGACUGUAACAUCAUGUAUUGUACUUAGUAUUACUAUAACCCAUGGUGCUAGACCAUGCUGGACCAUUCACAGAGUCUGCCCUGGACUGUAACAUCAUGUAUUGUACUUAGUAUUACUAUAACCCAUGGUGCUAGACCAUGCUGGACCAUUCACAGGGUCUGCCCUGGACUGUAACGUCAUGGUAUGGGGGCUAGACCAUGCUGGACCAUUCACAGAGUCUGCCCUGGAUUGUAACAUCAUGUAUUGUACUUAGUAUUACUAUAACCCAUGGUGCUAGACCAUGCUGGACCAUUCACAGAGUCUGCCCUGGACUGUAACAUCAUGUAUUGUACUUAGUAUUACUAUAACCCAUGGUGCUAGACCAUGCUGGACCAUUCACAGGGUCUGCCCUGGACUGUAACGUCAUGGUAUGGGGGCUAGACCAUGCUGGACCAUUCACAGAGUCUGCCCUGGACUGUAACAUCAUGUAUUGUACUUAGUAUUACUAUAACCCAUGGUGCUAGACCAUGCUGGACCAUUCACAGAGUCUGCCCUGGACUGUAACAUCAUGUAUUGUACUUAGUAUUACUAUAACCCAUGGUGCUAGACCAUGCUGGACCAUUCACAGGGUCUGCCCUGGACUGUAACGUCAUGGUAUGGGGGCUAGACCAUGCUGGACCAUUCACAGAGUCUGCCCUGGACUGUAACAUCAUGUAUUGUACUUAGUAUUACUAUAACCCAUGGUGCUAGACCAUGCUGGACCAUUCACAGAGUCUGCCCUGGACUGUAACAUCAUGUAUUGUACUUAGUAUUACUAUAACCCAUGGUGCUAGACCAUGCUGGACCAUUCACAGAGUCUGCCCUGGACUGUAACAUCAUGUAUUGUACUUAGUAUUACUAUAACCCAUGGUGCUAGACCAUGCUGGACCAUUCACAGGGUCUGCCCUGGACUGUAACAUCAUGUAUUGUACUUAGCAUUACUAUAACCCCUGGUGCUAGACCAUGCUGGACCAUUCACAGGUUCUGCCCUGGACUGUAACAUCAUGUACUGUACUUGGCAUUACUAUAACCCAUGGUGCUAGACCAUGCUGGACCAUUCACAGUCUGCCCUGGACUAUAACAUCAUGUACUGUACUUAGUAUUACUAUAACCCAUGGUGCUAGACCAUGCUGGACCAUUCACAGAGUCUGCCCUGGACUGUAACAUCAUGUGCUGUACUUGGCAUUACUAUAACCCCUGGUGCUAGACCAUGCUGGACCAUUCACAGAGUCUGCCCUGGACUGUAACAUCAUGUACUGUACUUAGCAUUACUAUAACCCAUGGUAUGGGGCUAGACCAUGCUGGACCAUUCAGAGUCUGCCCUGAACUGUACUUAGCAUUACUAUAACCCAUGGUGCUAGACCAUGCUGGACCAUUCACAGAGUCUGCCCUGGACUGUAACAUCAUGUACUGUACUUAGCAUUACUAUAACCCAUGGUAUAAAUGCUAGACCAUGCUGGACCAUUCACAGGGUCUGCCCUGGACUAUAACAUCAUGUACUGUACUUAGUAUUACUAUAACCCAUGGUAUGAGUGCUAGACCAUGCUGGACCAUUAACAGAGUCUGCCCUGGACUGUAACAUCAUGUACUGUACUUAGCAUUACUAUAACCCCUGGUGCUAGACCGUGCUGGACCGUUCACAGAGUCUGCUCUGGACUGUAACAUCAUGUACUGUACUUAGCAUUACUAUAACCCAUGGUAUGAGUGCUAGACCAUUCACAGUGUCUGCCCUGGACUGUAACAUCAUGUACUGUACUUAGCAUUACUGUAACCCAGUGGUUUCCAAACUGUGUGACGGUCACACAGGGGCGACGCAAAAUGUUUUCCCGGUGCUAUGAUUAUACCGUGCCUUGCUCUCCCCUGCCGGCUUUGCAGGACCGGAGGGAAGAUCAAAGAUCUGCCUCACGAGCCCGCCAGCACUGUAGUGCUAGCAGCCGGCAAGGGAGGGAGAGAGGUCCUGGGGAGUCCUAGCCUGAUGUUCUGCCUGGUUCUCCUCUCACGAGCUCGGAGCAUUGCAAUAUCGCAAGAAUGAACUCUAGCCUCAGGAACUGCUAAAGUUUACUCUCACCACAUGGACAACCAGGGCUUCUCCUCUGGACCACUAGGGCUUAGUACUGUCCCCCCAUCCCAGGCAAAGGUAAGAAGGGAGGGGGGAUAUGAACAUUAUAUAUAUAUAUUUUUUUUUAAUUCAAAUUACCCUGUAUAUAUAUUUAUCUGCCUCCCUACCCCCAUACACACACUGUACCCCCAUACACACACUAUGCACCCCUCUCACACACUGCACCCCUCACACACUGCACCCCUCACACACACACACACACACACUUCACCCCACAUACAUUGCACCCCACUUACCUUGGGAGGGUACCACGGCACUCCUGGUACCAUAACCACUACAGAGUGCCGUAGUGGUUAUUUUACCUGCAUUGUUUCUUUAAAUAAUCUACCAGUGGCCCUCCCAAGAUUAAGUUCUGGAUCUGCCCCUGACCGGGAAACAUUUCUCCUGAACAGGGGCCCAGUAUAUGCCACAGCACUGUUCAUAUAUACUACUUAGAAAGUUGUUUUGACUUGGGGCACCUUGGAAAAAUAUUAAACUGUUAAGGGAAACUUGAACCUAGUUUGGGAACCACUGCUGUAACUUAUGGUACGAGUGCUAGACUGUGCUGGACCAUUCACAGAGCUGGGAUAGACGAUUGUUUCACUAUUUGGCCAUAAUGGAGGGCGGAUGGCUAUUUGAGUUGGCUCACUGUGUCCUCAUGUCCUUUUACUAUAGUAGUCUGAGUACAAAGCACUGAGUUAUUCUUGCUAUUGGAAAUGAGUUUUGUGACUUGUUUUUUGUGUAUUAGAACAUCUACAUACGCAUUGUGAAUUUGAUUGUUAACAAAUUGCCAUUUUUUUAUUUUGUUUUUUAAAUGUAUUUGUAUCAAUGAAGAUGUUAAUUUCCUCACCGCUAGCACGUAAAGCUGGAUUUAUGUUAUUGGAUUAUUGUGAAUAAUUAUUGGAGUUGUCCUUGAAUGCCCUGUUCUCCCUAUCCCUCCCUCGUAUUAAGUAUUUUCUGCUUGGAGAGCAGGACUGUUGUUUGUUAUGUUGAUUUUGUGCUGGAACAUGUUUUAUUAAAAAAAAAUAUAUAUCAAAAAAGGGGGAGGGGAGUGAUUUAUUUUCAGCAGAGUUUUAAAAGGACUACACGGAGAAGUAAUUUUUCUAUUCACUUUAUUUUUAUUUUGUGUAACUUGCCGUCCCAUUAAUACAUAUUCCUCUUUCCUUAAAAGGAACCUGUUGGCAAAAAAAACAACAAACAACUUUAGCUUUCUGAAGCAGUUUUGGUGUAUAGAUCAUGCCUCUGCAGUAUCACUGCUCACCCCUCUGCCAUUUAGCAGAUUGUUUAUAAAGCCCUAGUCACACCUCCCUGCAUGUGACUUGUACAGCCUUCCUAAACACUUCCUGUUAAUGAUAGACUAUGAUACAACAAAAAUGCAAAUGUAUGUUAGCACUCAAGCCUGUAAAUUUGUGCAGGUAUCGAGGUUACCCACCUAUAACAACCUCAACUAAAAUAUAGACUAAAUAAAAAUAGUGAUACAGCACACCAAAUUGGUUGCAGAAAAAAAUCAAAAAGGUUUUUAUUCAUGCACUAUACAAGGUAAUUCAUUAGUGCAUCACUUCUACAAUCAAAAAGAAUUCAUAUUAUGUACAUCAAUAUUUACAAUACACAAAAAAAUCGAGUUCAUAUUAUGAACAACAGUUAUAUAAGUAACCUGAAUUCAUAAACAGGGAAAAGAAAUGUCCUUCUAGUAUCUGUUAAUCAGAAGAAAAUAUUUUUUUUUUAAAUCCUGAAUCCUGUCUGCAUCAAGUAUCACUGUUAAGUAGAUAUGCUGAGGUACGUCCUACCAUAGUCCACACUGUUCUGUUCAAUGUAAGAUAUAGCGUGUAGCACACUGGCAGUGCUAGAAAAACCAUUUAUUAAACAAAAACAAAUAAACAAAAACAAAAAAAACAAGUCUCUGUAUGUAACGUUCUCUGAGUACUCAAGAAAUCAAAUAAAAAAAUUCAGGAACAUAUAAGAAAAAAAAUACAAAAAAAUAAUAAUAAUCGUGGUUAGAUCUCACCAUGCAGUGAUAGUGCAGAAAAGACUUGAUCUUUAGCUACGGUCACCUUUCUGUUGACUCCUUAAUAUGUGAACUUUCUUGUCCUAGAAUGGCUGAUUGGGGUCGCAGUAUCAAUCAUGCUGUGUCCUUUAAUGUAUUCAGGAUCCAGUUCACUGGGGGGCUAGAUAAUGAUACCUAGAUAUUAUUUGUUCCUUUAUUGCACAGUCUGUUUAAUCUAGAAUUUCUUAUCUCAUGCUCUGUUAAUUCAGAUUCACAAGGACAAUGAAACACAGCUGGCCUCUGAUCAGAAAUACAGUAGCGAUUGAUAAAAAAAUGACUCCCAGUGUAAGCUUUAGAAGUCCCUACGUAAUAAUAUAGUACCUCCAGUACAUAAGAAACACUAUCCCUUUUUCAUUAAUAGAAAAAAAAGCUUUAACACCCUAAAAUACAUAUAGACAUUACACAAUACAAUUAAAAUAUAAGUACAAAUUUAAUACAAGUAAAAAUAUCUCUCAUAAAAACCACCAUAUCAAUAAAAUGUUUAUGUACUAGCCGUCAAGACUCUGCAUGAGUCUGCUGUGUGUGAUUUAAUUUCAAUACUGUAUACAGAGGAAGAGAUAAAAUUUCCAAAGCAAGUUAACAUCUGACUGAAAAAUGUAACUUUUUUUUUUUUUUUUUUUUUUAUGGAGGCUGUGUCAGUCACAGCCAGGGUAGGUGUGGCUAAGGCUGCAUAAACCGAAACAGAAGUGAUUUAACUCCUAAGUGGCAGAGAAUUGAGCAGCAAAACUGCAGAGGCAUGAUCUAUAAAGUAAAACUGCUCCAAUAAGCUAACGUUGUUUUGAUGCAUAUAAUAUCCUGUUAAUAUUGAAAUGUGCCUAGGUUGCCAAGCAGAUCCCCCAACAGAGAAUUCAUAAAACCACAUAAUUAUGAAAAAAUAACAUAUAAAUAUAAACUUAGAAUGAAAUUUUAUAGAUUAUGUGAUUUAUUUAUUUUUAAUUUAUUUUUAUUAUAAAAAAAUUAAAUAUAUAGAACCUAGGCUGAAAGUCCAGAGAAUUUAAUUUGCAAGUCCUGUAUUACCUUGUAACUUUCCAAACCCCCGUAAAACCUGUACCUGGGGGUACUGUUGAGAUAUCGCUGAACACUAAUAUGAGCCUUUUAGAGCAGUAAAAUGUAUGUCAAUAAAAUCAUCAGUGAAAGGGGCAGUUUUUGAAAAAAAUUUGAAAACCAAAUAUGAACGCUAACUUGAGUUGUCUACUAUUGCAAAUGGUUUGCCGUGAUGGGCGUAAUUUUCAUUCCUGGACUGCAAUACAGUCUCAAACGCAAUGUAGGCCCAGCAGUAUUGCAGAAAAAAAAGAAUUUUAUGGCAUUCACAGUUAAAAUGCCAAGCAGAACUUAAAAAAAUAAAAUUUCUUAAUUUCUUACACUUUUUUUUUAGAUUUUAUUCAUACUAAUUUGUUUCAUAUAUACAUUUGAUGUGAAAUUAAAGCCACGUUCCUCCUUAACAAAAUUAUAUAUAACAAGAGUGUGUGCACUUAAUAUGAAAAAGGUAAACUAUGGUUGAACAGACAUAUUGCUCAAAUUCUAGGUUAUGUUUAGGUUCAGGUUUAGGUUCAGAACUUUUGCCUCUGCCCUUAAGUGGUUAAUAAAAUGAUUAUAUAAAUAAAUAUUCUGAUGUGAUUAUGAAAGCAUGUUCUUUGUUUGUCUUUUAGCCAUUCGUUAUACAUGAUAUGGAAACAUUGAGUAUUGGAGAAAAGACUCUGGUCGCAAAGCUUGUUGCCAACGGGAUACAGAAUAAAGUAGCAGAAGUCCGAAUUUUCCAUUGCUGCCAGUACACAUCUGUUGAAACUGUAACAGAACUUACGGAAUUUGCCAAAUCUAUACCGGGCUUCACCGAAUUGGACCUAAACGAUCAGGUGACUUUGUUAAAAUAUGGUGUCUAUGAGGCCAUGUUUGCCAUGCUAGCUUCGGUAAUGAACAAAGACGGGAUGCUGGUGGCUUAUGGGAACGGUUUCAUAACACGAGAGUUUUUGAAGAGUUUGAGGAAGCCGAUCGGAGACAUGAUGGAACCUAAAUUCGAAUUUGCCAUGAAGUUCAACGCCCUGGAGCUAGAUGACAGCGAUAUUUCCCUAUUUGUAGCUGCUCUUAUCUGCUGUGGAGGUGAGGACCAUGCUUCUCAAAUGGCAAUUUCCUAUAAAACAACUUGAAAAACUGCAUUUUAUUUCGAUUUGCUGUCAUUUGCUUUUAGAACAUGGAAUCAGGAAUUAUUUUAUCAUCUCAAUAUUUAGCCUAUAUAACAAGUUAAUGGUACUUGCAGUGUUUUUUAAUUGAACCCAGCUUUGUGGAUGAGUUAAUGACUCUGCCAUGGUUAAAAAGUUUAAAUUCAGAGUAAUUAAUUUUUGCCCAAAUUAGUUGAAGUGGGAACAGCUGUGUUUUAAUUUCCGCUAUUUUGGCCCGAAAUUUUACAUUUACUUUUAAAAGGACACUAUAGGUUCCAAGAUCACUUCAUCUCAUUGAAGUGGCAGUGUCCUUGUCCCUUUAACCCUGCCACCACAACCAUUUCCAGCAGUUUAUUUUUGUUCUUGCCAUGAAUAAAUCCUGUUAGAAAAGUUCAUCAGAGAUCUACUUGAACUGGCUGUGUGCAUAUUUAUAUACUGUUAUCCCCUUAAAAUCAUAAUUGUUCUAAUGUAAACAACUGAACACACUAUGUAGUUUUAAUUCAUUAAAGCGGCACUGUCAUGCCGAACUUACCUUUCCUCAAUCUCUUCCUCUUCUCCCCCUCUCUCAGGAUCUGUUAUUCUUUUCUUCCUGUCUUCUUUAGUUUUCUUUAAAAUCAUAAGACAAAGUAGGGACUCUUUGCCUUAUGGAGGAUUCCUCCGCUUGACCAGCUCUGACCAGCGGAGGAGCAAACUGUGCUUCAUUUCCGCUGAUCAGAGCAAUUUUCCCAUAAUUCUUACCUUUCCUCUGUGUUCCCAAGAUGCUUCCUGUCAUUUUACACGAAACUGCCGAAUUGCGUUCUAACUGAAUGAGAACAGUAUGUUAGUUUGUUUUAGAACACCUGUGGCUGCACACUGUAAAGUAAAAAAAACUAAAAAACUAUUGCCCCCCCCCCCCAGGCAGCGGGUGGGGGCCAUAAUGAUAAUGGAGGGAUGGACCUACUGUCCUCCCCCCCGGCCUCCACCCCUGGGCGGUGGGUGGGGGCCAUAAUGAUAAUGGGGGGGGACCUACUGUCCUGACCCCCGGCCCCCACCCCUGGGCGGCGGGUGGGGGCAAUGAUGAUAAUGAGGGGGGCCUACUCUUCUCCCCCCCCCCCGACUCCCACUGGGCGGCGGGUGGGGGCCAUAAUGAUAAUGGGGGGAACCUACUGUCCUCCUCCCCCCCCGGCCCCCACCCCUGGGUGGCGGAUGGGGCCAAAUGAUAAUGAGGGGGGGGACACCUACUGUCCUCCCCCACCCCUGGGCGGCGGGUGGGGGCCAUAAAGAUAAUGAGGGGGGGUACCUACUCCCCGCCACUUCAUAAGCCCCCCAGGCUUGAAAUCCAUCCAAUCACAGUGCUCUGUGUCAUUUUACACAGCGUGGGAAAGUUCUUUUGAUCAUAUUGACCCCCAUAGAGUGAGGGAGGACCUGGGGGGCUUAUGAAGUGGCGGGGAGCACUGCUCCCUGCCGCUUCUAUCUUUACAUAUUACAAGGAGGGAGCUGCGUGCCGGUAGCUCCCUACUUGUAAUAAACUGAACGAACAAAUGAACACUGAUACACAGUGUUAGUUUGUUCGUCUGAUAUUUCCAUUCAUUCAUUCGUCUGUCUGAUGAAUGAAUGAAUAGAUGAAAUUCCCAUUCGCAUGUCCAGGUGAUUCACUGGGCAUGUGCGGGAAUCUCACAGUCUAUCUAGUGUGGGCAGAUGACGUGUCCCACAGGGACUUCCUCUACCCACACAAAGAUGGCGGCGGAAUAUAGAUCGGGGGAGAAAAUAAGGAAUAAAAAAAUAGGUGAUGUGUGGGGCUUAGGGGCAUUUGGGGGUGACUAUGGGGUCAAUUAGAGAUAGUGGAGGCGGGAGGGGGGGUUAAAAAAAAAAAAACAGGAUUCGGCAUGACAGUGCCGCUUUAAGUCUCUGUGUUUUAAAGGGCGAUUAUGGAACAAUUAGUGACAUUGUUUAGAUUAAAGUUAUUUUACUCCCAUUUUUUCCCAUUCCACGCCAGUGUCGCUGCGGCUGACCCCUAUUGGGUUCGCCUCCAAUCUUGAUCUCAGCCAAGGCUAUUGCGCAUGCGUGGCAUAACAUCACGCUGCGUCAAUCAGUAUCUCUUCAUAGAGAUGCACUGAAUCAAUGCAGUGCCCCUCAGAGCAUGGAAACGCUAGUAGGUGUUGCACACUGCAUGGCUUUGACACAGGAAGCACCUCCAGUGGCUGUCUGAGUGACUGCAACUAGAGGUGUUACUAGGCACCAAUUCCUCUGAAAAGGCAGUGUUUAUAUUGAAAAGCCUACAGGGACAGGCUAAAGAUACCAGAACCACUACAAUAAGCUGUGGUGGUUCUAGUGACUAUAGUGUCCCUUUAAGAACGUGUUAUUUAUUUAUAGUUCUGAAAAUGAAAUGGAAGUGCAUGUCGAAUGCACUCGACUCUUCAAAAAAUGAAAUAUUUGUCAAGCAGCUUUCAAUUACUUCACUUUAUGUUUCCAUAAGUGAGUGAGUGGUUGUUAAUUAAAAUGAGGGAUCGGUGCUUCAAGUCAAGUUGACAGGAGAUUUUACUGGUUUGUCUAAAAUCUGUGAAUCAAGGGAGAACAGUGCUAGAGCUGGAUAUGUUUUUUGCUUUUUUAAUGAUAACCAAUAUCUUAAAAAAUACUUCCUAAUUAGAUUAAAUACAAGUUACUUGUAAUUACUAUUUUUUCUUUGUCUUAUUUAAAGCACUGUUUCCCCCUCUCAUUCUUCCCAGACCGUCCAGGACUGGUGAAUGUAGCCAGCAUCGAGCAAAUACAGGAGAACUUGGUUCAUGUCCUAAAGCUGCAUCUGCAAUUGAACCACCCGGACGAAAGCUUUCUGUUUCCCAAGCUCCUCCAGAAAAUGGCAGACUUGCGUCAGUUGGUAACAGAACAUGCUCUCAUGGUACAGACGAUCAAAAAGACUGAAACAGAUGCAGCACUGCAUCCCUUAUUGCAAGAGAUCUACAGGGAUAUGUACUAAGGACUUACAGAUAUCUAGAUAUAUAUAUAUUUUUUCACAGUUUUUUGCAUUAGAGUUGGGCAAAGCGAUCAUUUAACACCCCUUCUCACCACACUUGUUCUGAUAAACAGUAGUGCCUUUUGUCUAUGCAAAAAAAAAAAGGAAAACAAAGAUAUACUUUGUUCUUUAAAUCUCACACGGAGACGUCACACACUACAGGAUCACGUUAUUUUAUUUGUGUAUAGUUUCAAUCUAUUUUUUUUAAAGAGUAAUAGCCGUGUGAAGCAAUCGUCCUUUCCGUUGACCAUAUUUUGGAGGUAGUACUCAGGUCCAUUAUCAGCGUGUAAUUGUUUUUGUUUCCAGGGAUAGAAAUUUAAUAAUUUUGGUAACCUCUGUCCAUUUAACCCAUUUUAUUGUUUCACAAAAGUAUCAUGGCUGAGAUCCAGCACAGACAAGAGGUCAAGCCCUACUCUCAAUCCUGAGGGCCACCUCAGGUCACAAGGUGCUUUACAAAGAAGACUUGUAGAGGUCAAAUAGAAGACUUGCAGGACCUCACAUAUUCUCUACAGGUCGACUAAUUUGCCAUGUUGGGAGUUGGAGAAGGAUCAAAUGGAACUGCUUUGCUGUUGCUGGGCAGUAUUUAGUGUAUACUCAAGCAGCUUUUCCAAGGAAAAUGUUGAUUAAUGUUUCCUUAUUCUCUUUCCCAACGUGGAAAAGAAAUAUUCAAUUUCCUCAAACAUCGGCCUUUCCCCAUGUUAAUCAAGAAGUAAGAUGCCACACGUUGCUGUCAGUUAAUCAAAGUGUGAUGUACAAUAUUGGUGUUUGUCUAAGAUGUUGAGUUUUGUAAGUACCUGGAAACUUUCAAAAUAAGCUGAGCCUGAGAUUUUUCAGAAGAUUAACUUCCUAGUAACCCAUUGCAAAGAUUGAUUGUAGCUCCUGCUAAUAGUUGUUAAAGAAGAACUAAUUACUUUGGUGGUAAUGGCACAUUUUAAUAGUUAUUGGGAAGUAAUCCUGUGUAUUUUGCUUGUAUCCGAUACAAAGUUCUUCUAACACAGCCUAUCACCCUGACAUGCUGCAGAGGUUAAUAUUAAGUUUUAAAAUGAGAUUUAUGAAAACCCUAACUUUUUACUAUUUAGAGAUAUAUUACAUUGUGAAAUAAUGAAAGGUUAUAAUGUAGCUGACUAAAUUUAAAUCAAAGUCUGUUAAAAAAAAAAAAAAUGGCCGAUGACAUCUAGGAUAUUUUAGAACAAGACAUGCUGGCUCUCUCGUACUAAGAAGUAGAUUUAAUUUUGCAAAGUCAGUUGAAAUUUUAAAAUGUUUGUAAUAUUUAAUAAUCUUUCAAAAAUGUAGUUUUUCUUUUUCUAUUUGUGUCGAUUGUUCCUGCCCCAAGGUAAAGGAAUGUAAGUAAACUAACAUGUAUGUUUAAUAUACAUGUGCACACACACAUUGCUUCAAAGGGCUGAAAAAAAACAUGUCAACAAAUUUUUAUUGCAGUUUAAGGGGAAAAAAUUAUUUUAGCUGAAUAUCAACAUUUAUCUUUAUUACAGCAAACAUUGCGUACCAAACAUUUUCCAAGCUAGAGUUACAUUUGGCAAGCUGAUCUAAUGUUAAGUACAUUGUGUUUACUUUUGAGAAAAUAUCAGCCCCCUUUGUGUAUUUAUAUGAAACAGAACAUUUGUUAUAUUACUACAAUUUGACAUAUUUAGAGUAUGCAAUUUUAAUCAAGGGUACUUUAAAAAUACUUUUUUCUUUCUCUUGAUUCAUUAGAUAAUGUUGUGUUACUGUAUAAUCAUUUCUUCAUAGUAGAAGCUACAUUACAACUGGCUAGUUUUCGUCAUUAUCAUAACAGGACAGGUAUCUAGUAACAAAAACCAGGCAGAAGAUAUACAACUCACAAACCAGCAUGGGAAUCGGUAAACAUAUAUUACAGAAUAUAAAAGGACAAGAAUCAGAGAAAGAAAAUAGUGGCACAUAGAAGCACUUUUAACAGAAUCCUAAACAUGUAGGUCGGCCGACCUGCCUUCCAAGUCUGCAUCAUAGGAGAAAGGAGAUCUAUAUAUAAAGCAGACUGUAUAGCAUAAAGUUUUCAAACUCACUUAAAGGACCACUCUAGGCACCCAGACCACUUCAGUGGUCUGGGUGCCAGGUCCAGCUAGGGUUAACCCAUUUUUUCAUAAACAUAGCAGUUUCACAGUGAGAGCACACCAGCGUCCAUAGGAAAGCAUUAUGAAUGCCUUCCUAUGUGACCGGCUGAAUGCGCGCGCAUUCAGCCGACGGGGAGGAGAAGAGGAGGAUCGGAGGAGGAGAGCUCCCCGCCCAGUGCUGGAAAAAGGUACGUUUGCCCUUUCCAGAGCCGGGCGGGAGGGGGUCCCUGAGGGUGGGGGCACCCUCAGGGCACUAUAGUGCCAGGAAAACGGGUAUGUUUUCCUGGCACUAUAGUGGUCCUUUAAUUCAUUCGUGUUGAAAACCUCAAAUCUCACAUUUAUUUUUUUGUGCCUGAAAAUAAAGGACACUUUAUAUGUUUUAUAUCUGCUGAAGACAACUGUGAGAUGAAAUGUUUAGGGUCAGUGUAUCUGGUGGAGGAGCUUCAACAGAAGAUCCUGUGUGACCCUUGCACCUGAUACCCUGUUUAGAUAUGUAGUUGCCUCUUGUGCACCAAAAUGUGCUUGGAGUGGAGCAAAAGUUUAAUUUGCUCUGCCUGGUUUUUGUUGGUAGAACCCAUACUAAAGAUUGCAGCCUAUUUUGGGAUUCAGGAGGUACAGCCUUGAGCAAAGCAGGUGUAAUCCCCAAACCUAUCGCAGGUCCAAAUGUUGGACAGUGGUCAUCUUAUAGGUUUGGGAGGUAAUGGAACUGAAGUUGAAAUUUUUAAGACUUUUAUUGUUUUUAAUUUUUUUUAUUUAGACUUUGGCAAAAAAUCACCAGAGAUUGCUUGCGUAACAUAAACAAUAUACUUGAUGUUGAUUUGAGAUACUAAAUAUUGUGCAAUGUCUCAUGCUUCAUUAACAGGAGGAGUUAAUUUUCUAAAACUAAAAUAUUUUACAGUGGCUUAAAUAGUUUAAAUUUAGAAUAGAAUUUUUUAUUUUUUUUAAAAUGCACUACGUAAGUAAAAGCAUUUUUGUUCUCAGGGAUUUUUUUCUCUUGUUUUGUGAGUGUACUUCAUAAAAGCAUCUUUUAUCUUUAAAAUGUGUUAUCUCUCUUUUAUGUAAUGUCUGCUGGCUACAUUUUCUUUAAAGGUAUGGAUGGGAUAGUUUUGUAAAUUUAUACUGUUUACAUUAGCCUAAGCUAAUGGUACAGUUUAGCACCGUCCCUAUAAAAAAAAAAAAAAAAAAACUAGGCUGCUACAAUCCAGUGUUUUUGCUUGACUGAUGCUGUAGUUUGGUGCCAUCUCCUUAAAGGACCACUCUAGUCACCCAGACCACUUCAGCUUAAUGAAGUGGUCUGGGUGCCAGGUCCAGCUAGGGUUAACCCAUUUUUUCAUAAACAUAGCAGUUUCAGAGAAACUGCUAUGUUUAUGAAUGGGUUAAGCCUUCCCCUAUUUCCUCUAGCGGCUGUCUCAUUGACAGCCGCUAGAGGCGCUUGCGUGCUUCUCACUGUGAUUUUCACAGUGAGAGCACGCCAGCGUCCAUAGGAAAGCAUUAUGAAUGCUUUCCUAUGUGACCGGCUGAAUGCGC